AAAGAAUUGUUUGUGUGGAUUUUUAUUUCUUCUUUUGCUGGUAUCUAGGCUGCUGUUCAAGCUGGCAAAAAAAGCAUGUACUAAUUUUGGAUUAUUUUCGUUAACAAAAAAUGCAAAAAUGAAAAUAUUUUUGCCACUAGUCACGUGGACAGUACUAAUACUUUCGAGUACGGUACAUUCACAACAACAACAAACACAAUAUUUUACACAAACACAAUUAUCGCCAUUUAAAACAAAUUUAAAAAAUAGUCGAUUUCGUAACGAAGUAUUUUUUAUAAAUUUGGAAGAUGGCUAUUUUGGCUGCCAAGUAAAUGCGUCCAGCGACUAUUUACAAUUAUACGAACUAUCGAAAUUAUGCGACGGUUCCCAGGAUUGUUAUAUGGGAUCCGAUGAGCUAAGCAAAGAGCUCAAAUGCACAAAUGACUGUGAUAAAGAUGGCACUCAGUGCAUAAAUGGUGUGUGUUUGAAUGGUGUUUGCCAUUGCAACGAUGGCUGGGGUGGUUGCAAUUGUAACGAUCAAGAUGAAAACGAGUGCAAAUCACGUCCCUGUGAUGUAUUUGCCCACUGUACGAAUACACUCGGCAGUUAUACGUGUACCUGUUUUCCAGGUUAUCGUGGUGAUGGUCAUCGUUGUGAAGACAUCGAUGAGUGUCAAGAUCCACAAAUAGCUGCACGUUGCGUUGAAAAUGCCGAAUGUUGCAAUUUACCCGCACACUUUUUGUGUAAAUGUAAAGAUGGCUACGAAGGUGAUGGUGAAGUAUUAUGUACAGAUAUUGAUGAGUGCCAAAAUCCAAAUGCUUGCGGUCAUAAUGCUCAGUGCAUUAAUAUGCCCGGCAAUUAUACAUGUACCUGCCCCGAUGGUUUCUAUGGCAAUCCCUACGAUGGUUGCCUGGAUAUCGAUGAGUGUGCUCAACCGAAUGUUUGUGGUCCAAACGCUAUAUGUACUAACCUGGAGGGCAGUUAUCGCUGCGACUGUCCUACAGGUUAUGACGGCGAUGGACGAUCAGAAGCUGGUUGUUUAGAUUAUGAUGAAUGUGCACGCUCACCAUGUGGCCGCAAUGCUCAGUGUCAAAAUACGGAGGGUAGUUUCAAAUGUCUGUGUCCUGAUGGUUAUUCAGGUGAUCCAAUGCACGGUUGUGAAGAUGUCGACGAGUGCUCCAUUAACAAUCCAUGUGGUUUGGGUGCUGAAUGCGUGAAUAUGGGCGGUAGUUUUGCAUGUCGUUGUCCGGCGGGUUUUCAACUCGAGGACUAUGGCUACGAUUCGAAUAAAUAUAAUACAAACGGCAACAACAACAGCAACAAAUCAUUAGCUAUGGGCCCCAUCGGUGCCGGUCGUGCUUGCAUAGAUGUGGAUGAAUGUAAUCCAGAUAAUGGUGUCGCCAAAUGCGGCACCAACGCUAAAUGCAUUAAUUUUCCCGGUUCAUAUCGUUGCUUGUGCCCAAAUGGUUUUCAAGGCCAAGGUUAUUUGCAUUGUGAAAAUAUCAAUGAAUGUCAAGACAAUCCCUGUGGUGAAAAUGCCAUUUGCACCGACACCAUUGGUAGUUUUGUCUGCUCCUGUAAACCCGAUUUUACCGGUGAUCCCUUCCGCGGUUGCAUUGAUAUCGAUGAAUGUUCGACCAUGGAAAAACCCUGUGGUCCCCACGCGAUUUGUGAAAAUAAACAACCGGGUUAUGAGUGUUCGUGUCCCCAAGGAUUUGCAGGUAAACCUGAUGCCAAGACCGCUUGCGAACAGGUUGAUGUUAAUAUCCAAUGUUCAACGAAUUUCGACUGUACCAACAAUGCGGAGUGUAUUGAAAAUCAAUGUUUCUGUUUGGACGGGUUUGAACCUAUGGGUUCUAGUUGUGUGGACAUUGAUGAGUGUCGUACCCAUGCUGGUGUAUGUGGCGAUCAUGCCCAAUGUAUCAACACCCCCGGCUCGUAUAGGUGCGAUUGUGAAGCUGGUUAUGUAGGAACUCCACCGCGCGUUAUGUGCAAGGAACCCUGUGCCGAUGUCCAUUGUGGUGAUCAUGCCUAUUGUAAGCCCGAUGGCAAUGAAGCCUAUUGUAUCUGUGAAGAUGGCUGGACAUUUAAUCCCAGUGAUGUUGCUGCCGGCUGUGUGGAUAUUGAUGAAUGUGACACAGGUGUACAUGGACCAUUUGGCAGCUGUGGCACCAAUGCCACCUGUACAAACACCUUAGGCAGCUAUUCGUGUUCAUGCCCCUCAGGCUUUUCAGGAGAUCCUCACACAAAAUGUGUGGACGUGGAUGAAUGCCGCAGUGGCAAUAAAUGCGGUGAAGGCGCCGAGUGCAUCAACAUGAAUGGUGGUUUCACCUGUAAAUGCCCCGACGACUCCAUACCCGAUCCUGACCCAACUGUCAGAUGUGUACCAAUUGUCACCUGUAAUUUGGACAACGAUUGUCCUGGCAAUGCUAUUUGUGAUCCGGCCAAGAGAUGCUUGUGUCCCGAACCAAAUGUCGGCAAUGAAUGCCGCCAUCCAUGUGAAUUCAAGAAUUGUGGUGCCCAUGCCCAUUGUAUGUUGGUAAACGGCCAGGCUCAAUGUUUGUGCGCUGAAGGCUUCACUGGCUCCCCAGAUAUGCCUGGAGGUUGUAAUGACAUCGAUGAAUGUAAAGCCAAUCCAUGUGCUGCAAAUGCCAUUUGCUCGAAUACUCCUGGUGGCUAUCAAUGCCAAUGCCCCUCGGGUGCCUCAGGAGAUCCUUACCGUGAAGGUUGCGCCGCAACUCGGGCACCACCAUCCUGUUCCGACUCAAAUCCAUGUGCUCCAGGUGAAUCCUGCGUGGCAGACAGUUAUACCGGAACCAGUGUUUGUAUUUGCCGUCAAGGUUAUGAACGUAAUCCAGCCACAGGACAAUGUCAGGAUAUUGAUGAAUGUUCCGCCACACGAUCCAAACCGGCCUGUGGUAUUAAUGCCUUGUGUAAGAAUCUGCCAGGCAGCUACGAAUGUCGCUGUGCCGCCGGUUUUAAUGGUAAUCCCUUCGUUAUGUGUGAACAAUGUAACUCGCCCGAAUGCCAAUGUCAAGCUCCCUUCAAACUGGUCGGUAGCAGUUGUAUACUCUCCGGCUGCUCGAAUGGCGAGAAGUGUCCCAGUGGUGCAGAAUGUAUUUCAAUUGCAGGCGGUGUUAGCUAUUGUGCCUGCCCCAAGGGUUACAAAACUUUGUCUGAUGGCUCAUGUGUCGAUGUUGAUGAAUGCUCUGAACCUGGCAGCAGGGUAUGUGCCUAUGGUGCGGAAUGUAUUAAUAAACCUGGUUCGUUCUCCUGUGUUUGUCCCGAUGGCUACAAUGGAGAUGCCUACAAUGGCCAAUGUACUCCGGCCCAAAGAAAAUGUGCGGCAGACAAGGAAUGUAACACGAAUGAGAAAUGUGUGCAGCCAGGAGAAUGUGUCUGUCCACCACCCUUCUUCCUUGAUCCCUAUGACAACAACAAAUGUAAAAGUCCUUGUGAACGAUUCCCAUGUGGUAUCAAUGCCAAGUGUACACCAACCGAUCCACCACAAUGUAUGUGUGAAGUGGGUUAUAAGGGUGAUCCUCUGCUGGGUUGUACCGAUGAAGAUGAAUGUGCCCAUUUGCCAUGUGCCUAUGGCGCCUAUUGUGUCAACAAGAAAGGAGGUUAUCAAUGUGUUUGCCCCAAGGGCUUUACGGGAGACCCCUACAAGAGUGGUUGUAUUUUGGAAUCAUCGGACGAACCCAAGAGCGUGUGCGUUACUAAUGAAGAUUGUGCCAGUAACUUGGCCUGUAUGCAAGGUACCUGUGUCAGCCCCUGCGCCAGUUUACUCUGUGGACCCAAUGCCUUCUGUGAAACAGAUAAUCAUGCCGCAUGGUGUCGCUGCCGUGUGGGCUUUGUCAAGGACGAUAAUGGCGAUUGUGUAUCCCAGUGUAAGGAUGUCAUUUGUGGAGAAGGAGCUUUGUGUAUUCCCACCUCUGAAGGACCCACUUGCAAAUGUCCCCAGGGUUAUAUGGGUAAUCCUUUCCCUGGUGGUUCUUGCUCGACAGAUCAAUGUUCUGCCUCCAGGCCCUGUAAUGAAAGACAAAUUUGCAUUAAUGGGCGUUGCAAGGAAAGAUGUGAUGGCGUUGUUUGCGGUAUUGGUGCCAUGUGCGAUAAGAACAGUGGCAAAUGUGUCUGUGAACCGAACUUCAUUGGCAACCCUGAUUUGAUUUGUAUGCCUCCGAUUAAGUAUGCUGAAUGUAAUCCUCCAUGUGGUCUUAAUGCUCAUUGUGAAUAUGGCUAUGGCAGUGCUGAGUGUGUUUGCAACUCAGGAACCACAGGUAAUCCCUACGAGGGCUGUGGCGCCCAAAGUAAAACAGCAUGUGAGCCGAAUAGCUGUGGCCCCAAUGCCGAAUGUAGAGCUGAUGCCAAUGGCAUUACAUGUGUCUGCCCUCAAGGAUUUGCCGGUAAUGCCUAUGUCGGUUGCCACGAUAUUGAUGAGUGUAUGAACAAACCAUGUGGUCUUAAUGCCGCCUGCCUCAACACCCAUGGAGGUUUCGAAUGUCUAUGUUUGUCAGGAUUUGGUGGAGAUCCAUUCACCAGCUGUCAACCUGUUGACACAGAAUUCUGCUCCGAUGCCCAGAAAUGCAAAUGUAAUGAACGUGUCUACUGCCCCGAUGGUUAUUCCUGCGAACGUGGCAAAUGUAAGGAUCUAUGCUCCAAGACAACUUGUGGUCCCAGAGCCGUGUGUGAUGCCGGUAAAUGUUUAUGCCCCUUGGGUUAUUUGGGUGAUCCCAAUAAUCUCGAGACAGGCUGUACCAUUCGUGGUCAAUGUAACAACGAUGCUGAUUGUAAAAAUUCCGAAAUUUGCUUCCAACUUAGCAAGGGAUUGCGUAAAUGUGUUGAUGCCUGUUCAAAAAUACAGUGUGGACCAAAUGCUCUCUGCGUGGCCAAUGACCAUCGUUCCUCGUGUAUUUGUAGUGAUGGUUAUUAUGGUGUACCCAGCAAUUUGCAAACAGGUUGUCAACCCGAACGUAAAAUACCCGAAGUGGAGGAUAAAUGUAAAUCAAAUAAUGAUUGUGAAUUGGGUUAUACCUGUUCGGCGGUUAAUGACGGAGCCAAGGAAUGUGUGCAUAUGUGCUCCAAAGUGGUGUGUGGCACCAACGAAGUUUGCAAGUUGGAUAACAGUGGCAAUGCAAUUUGCAGCUGUGAUGACAGCUAUGUCUGGAACCCCGUGUCAUCGACUUGUGAGAAACCCAGCCUGCCCGAUUGUACUUCGGAACAAGAAUGUCCAGCUGCUUCGGCUUGUCGACCAGAUGUUGUGGGCGUUUUGAAAUGUGUAUCAAUUUGUGAUGAAUUCACCUGCCCUGCCAAUUCUAUUUGUGUUGCCAAGAAUCAUCAAGGCCGCUGUGAUUGCUUGCCUGGAUUUGUGGGUAAUCCCAAUGAUCGUAAUGGCUGUCAACCUAAACAGAAACAUCAAUGCCGUUCCAAUGCUGAGUGUGCAGAAUCGGAGGCAUGUAUUAAAUAUGGACCAGAGGAAGUGCUCACAUGUAGACCUGCCUGUGAGGCAGUCAAAUGUGGCCCACGUGCUGUAUGCAUUACCAACAAUCAUCAGGCACAAUGUCAAUGUCCUCCUGGACCAUUUGCUGGCGAUCCGUAUGAUCCUUAUGAGGGCUGUCAGAGUGUCCCAUGUGUCUACAAUAAAGACUGUCCCUCACAUCAGUUGUGUAAUCGUCUGACCCACACUUGCUUCGAUGUUUGCGACGACGAAUCCUGUGGCACCAAUGCCAUCUGUUUGGCUGAAGAUCAUCGUGCUGUAUGCCAAUGUCCUCCGGGAUACAAAGCCAACCCAAUACCUGAAAUGGAAUGUAUUAAGACCGGAGGUUGCACCCCAGGUACCUGUCAUCAUUCGGCCAUUUGUGAAGUUACAUCUGAAGGUCCAAUUUGUAAAUGUCCUGAACAUUUCAUUGGAGAUCCAGUUCGUCAGGGUUGCCGUCCCGAGGGACAAUGUCCAAAUGGUGAUGGUGAUUGUCCCGCCAAUACAAUUUGCAGCGGCGGUCGCUGUGUUAAUCCCUGUGACAAUGCCUGUGGUGCCAAUGCCGAAUGUAAGGUUAUCAAUCGUAAACCUGUUUGCUCAUGUCCCUUCCGUUUCCAACCAAUGGGAGAAUCAGCUAAGGAAGGUUGUGCCCGUUCCGUCUCCCACUGUCGUUCAGAUGCUGAUUGUGGCGGUGAAGUUUGCUAUAACGGAGAAUGUCGUGUUAUAUGCCGUGAAGAAAAUGAUUGUUCCGUCGGAGAGAAAUGUUUGCAGAAUGUCUGUGUGAUUCCAUGUGUUGACCAUAGCCAGUGUGCCAGCGGUUUGGCAUGCUUGAAGGGUGUCUGCUCCAUUGGAUGUCGUAGCAACAAAGAUUGUCCUUCGGAUCGUUCUUGUAUUGAUAACAAAUGUGCUGACCCCUGUCAAACUGGAGGUGUCUGCGGUCCCAAUGCUCUUUGUAAUAUUGACAACCAACGUAGCCACUGCUCUUGUCCUGAGGGCUUUGAAGGCAACCCCACACCUGAACAAGGCUGUGUACGUGUACCAGCUCCUUGCUUGGCCACCAAUCAGUGUCCCACCGGUCAUAUGUGUAUCGGCAAUCAAUGUAAUUUGCCAUGUCAAAAGACUUCCUCCUGCGCCAUUGGAGAACGUUGCUAUCAACAAGUCUGUCGCAAGGUUUGUUACACCAGCAAUAACUGUUUGCCCGGAGAGAUUUGUAACAAUGAUGGCACCUGCCAACCUGGUUGUGAUUCUGACGCCGAUUGUCCACCAACCGAAUUGUGUUUGAGCGGAAAAUGUAAAUGUGCUCAAGGGUUCAUUGGUACCCCAUUCGGCUGUUCUGAUAUUGAUGAAUGUACCGAACUACCAUGUCAUGCUUCGGCCAAAUGUGAAAAUAUUCCUGGAUCGUUUAAAUGUGUUUGCCCCGAGGGUACUGUUGGAGAUGGCUAUGUCAAGGGCUGUGCUAAACCCAAAGAAUGUUACAAGAAUGAAGACUGUUCCACUGCCUUGGCAUGUAUCAAUGAUAAAUGUUCCAAUCCUUGCUUGACUACCAGCUGCGGUCCAAAUGCCCUUUGCCAGGCGGAACAACACCAGGCUAUGUGUGAAUGUCCUCCAGGACAUUUGGGAGAUCCAUUCGAUAGCUCAGUGGGUUGUUUCAAGGUGGAAUGUAUCACCGACGACGAUUGUGCCAGUGAUAGGGCCUGUGAUGAAGCCACCAAUCGCUGUAUUAAACCUUGCGAUUUUAUCACCUGCGGCAAGGGAUCCUGUAAUGUUGUCGAUCACAAGGCAUUGUGCUCCUGCUAUGAAGGUUAUCAUCUGAAUAAUGGCAUCUGUGAAGAUGUCGAUGAAUGUCUGAGUCGCCCAUGCCACAAGACUGCCUUCUGUCAGAAUUUACCAGGAUCAUUCAAUUGUCAAUGCCCUGAAGGUUUGAUUGGCGAUCCAGUGCAUGCUGGAUGCCGUGACCCCAAUGAAUGUCUUACUGACUCCGAUUGUCCUGCCACCGCCAGCUGUCAAAACUCCAGAUGCCGUAGCCCGUGUGAACGUGAAAAUGUUUGUGGCGUUAAUGCCAAUUGUGUUGCUCAAUCGCAUAAUGCUGUCUGCACCUGUCCUGCCAAUGCUCGUGGAGAUCCUUCGGUGGAAUGUGUAUUUAUUGAAUGCGCGGAUAAUGAUGAUUGUUCAGGUGAAAAGGCUUGUGUCGAUUCGAAAUGUGUUGACCCUUGCUCAUUGCCAAAUGCCUGUGGCUCCCAAGCUCGUUGUAUAGCCCAAAAUCACAUCGGUAUUUGCUCGUGUGAAAGAGGUACCACUGGUAAUCCUCAACUGGGUUGUGUCCCAUUGCAGUACUGUAAUGCCGAUAAUCAAUGUGCCGCCGGUAGCAUUUGCUCGAAUGGCCUCUGUUGUUCAUUGUGUUCGUCAAAUCGCGAUUGUAUUGCCGAUCAAUUGUGUAUCCAAGGUGUGUGCCAACCCACCUGUAAAUCUAACUCUACCUGCCCUGAAUUCCAAUUCUGUUUGAAUAAUAUUUGCACCAAGGAAGUGUUGUGUCGCGAAGAUCAGGAUUGUGGCAGUAAUGAAGUGUGUGUUGUCGAUAACUACGGCAGAGCCAGUUGUGAAAAUGUUUGCUUAGGACGCGCCGUUUGCGGACGCAAUGCUGAAUGUAUUGCCCGCAGUCAUGCCGCGGAUUGUGAAUGCAAAGAGGGAUUCUUUGGUGAUCCCAAGUCGGGUUGUCGUAAAGUCGAAUGUACCUCGGAUGAUGAUUGUUCCAGCGACAAGACCUGUGAGGGUCAUAUGUGUAAAAUCGCCUGCCUCAUCGGUCAGCCUUGUGGCGAUAAUGCCGUUUGUACAGCGGAAAAUCAUAAACAAGUCUGCCAUUGUCAACCCGGUUUUACUGGUGAUCCUAAACUCGGUUGUCAAGUCAUUGAUUUCUGUAAAGAUGCCCCGUGUGGUCCAGGUGCUCGGUGUCGCAAUUCACGCGGCUCCUUCAAGUGUACCUGUCCCGCUGGUUUGGUUGGCGACCCUUAUAAUGAGGGUUGUCGCACCUCGGUGGAAUGUGAGACCAACGAAGACUGCCCACCGCAUGCUGAAUGCACGAAAACAAAUGGUGUACCCAAAUGUCAUGAUGUAUGCGCCAACGUGCGCUGUGGCCCCAAUGCGGAAUGUAUUCCGAAGGGUCACAAGGCUCAGUGUGCAUGUCGCAAUGGUUAUGAUGGCAAUCCCGCUGACCGGGUCAAUGGUUGUAAGCCAUUGCCGACACCAUGCCAAGUUACCGGCGAUUGUCCGAUCAAUUCGUAUUGUUCGGAUAGUAUAUGCAAACCUGCUUGUGUCUUGGAUACCGAAUGUACCGGCAAUGAACUUUGUCAAGGCGGUCAAUGCGUUAAUCCAUGUAGCCAACCUCAGGCAUGUGGUAUGAAUGCAUUAUGUUCCAUCGAUAAUCACUAUAAACAAUGCUCAUGUCCUGCUGGUUUCACCGGAAAUGCUGAAGUGGAAUGUGUACGCAUACCAAUUGCAUGCAGUACCGAUUUGGAAUGUGGUCAGGGUUAUAAUUGUCGCGAUGGUAUGUGCUUCCCAGAAUGUGGCAAUGAUCAAGAUUGUGCCUUGAAUGAGAAAUGUUUGCGGGGCAUAUGUAUGCUUACCUGCCGUGUUGACAAUGACUGCUUCUUGGGUCAUGUGUGCUUGCACAACAAAUGUGUCUUUGGCUGCCACACAGAUGACGAUUGCAGUGCUUCUGAAUCCUGCCGCAACGAUAAAUGUAUUCAUCCAUGUUCGGAAAAUCCAUGUGGUCCCAAUGCUGCCUGUUCGGUGUCCAACCAUCGUGCCACCUGCACCUGUCUCGAUGGCAUGGUGCCCAGCCCCACUGCCCAAGUUGGAUGUGUUCGCGCUCCACCCCAGGAGUGUUCAGAGAAUCGUGAUUGUUUCAAUGGUUUGGCCUGUUUCGAAGCUGUAUGUCGUCCCUUGUGUGCCGAUGAUUUGGGUUGUCUGUCCAAUGAACGUUGCCAGAAUGGCGUCUGCAAGCCCUUGUGUCGUCGUGACGAUGAUUGCCGCAAUAGCGAAGUGUGCCUGGGAUUAUCCUGUGUCGCUGGUUGUCGUUCGGAUCAAGGUUGUCCCGAUAAUUUGUCCUGCAUCAAUCAACAAUGUGUCGAUCCAUGUGCGGAUGCCCGUGCCUGUGGCACCAAUUCUCAAUGUAAUGUCUUCAAUCAUCAAAAGGUAUGCUCUUGUCCUGAUGGUUUGGUGGGCAACCCUGAGGUUUCCUGUAAACCACCAAUCACUGUAUGCCAGACCAAUGCUGAUUGUCAAUCGAAUCAACUAUGCUAUGGAGGUAGCUGUCAAAGCCGUUGCCGUAAUGACCAAAACUGUCUGGCCGAUGAGAAAUGUAUGCGUGGCUCUUGCCGCACUGUCUGCAACACCGAUUCAGCUUGUGCCCAAGGACAAAUUUGUGAAAAUCGUAUUUGUCAAAUUGGUUGUCGCAAUGAUUUGACCUGUGCCCAAGAUCAGGCUUGCGUCAACAAACAAUGUAAGAAUCCUUGCGAUACGCCCGGACAAUGUGGUCAAUGUGCCAAUUGCUUGGUUGUCAAUCACGGUGUCCAAUGCAGUUGCCCCAAUGGCUUCCUGGGAGAUGGUCUUACCGGUUGUCAAAUGCCACCACAAAGAUGUAACCCCUCGUGUCAAUGCGAUGAAAGCAAUACCUACUGUGCCGAAUCCUGUACCAGAAACACCGAUUGUGCUUGUGGUCAAAUGUGUAUGCGUGGCAAAUGCCGUUCCAAAUGCGGAGCCAACAGAUCCUGUCCAGUUGGCCAGUUAUGUGAACGUGGAGCCUGCGUGGCUGGAUGUAAAACCAACAAUGAUUGUGCCACCGAUCAAACUUGCAUCAAGGGACAAUGUAGUGACCCAUGUGCCAAUAAGAAAUCCUGUGGCCGCAACGCCUUAUGUACCGUAUCAGAACAUCGUAUGCUUUGCUAUUGUCCUGAUGGCUAUGAAGGUGAACCGAAUAAGGAAUGUAUCCAAUUCGAAUGCCAACAUGAUGAAGAUUGUGAAGCGAACAAGCGUUGUGACAAGGGUAAAUGUCGCAAUCCCUGCUUGGAAUUCGGAGCCUGCGGUGUCAAUGCCCAAUGUCGUGUGGUCGAUCGUAGACCCCAAUGUUCUUGUCCACCAGAUUUCUUUGGUGAUGCUGCCACCGAAUGUCAACCUUUGGAAGGUGGCUGUGACAAUAAUCCCUGUGGUGAAAAUGCACGUUGUAACGAAGUGCCCGGUGGCUAUGAAUGCUCCUGCAUGGAAGGUUGUGUUGGAGAUGCCAAAAAGGGUUGUAUCUGUGAUGGAAAUAUUGUUGAUGUAUGCCAUCACCAAGUGUGUGGUUUGAAUGCUGCCUGCCGGGUAUUGCCACAUGACGAGGCUCAAUGUUAUUGUCCCGAGGAAUACCCUAAUGGAGAUCCAUAUGUUCAAUGUUAUCUAACUCAACCACCCCGAAAUUGCCUAACUGAAGGUUGUGCGAUCGGUGAAUGUGUACGCGAAGGUUAUGAUUAUGUUUGCAAACAAGAAAUUGGAUGUGCUUCAAAUUCCGAUUGUCCAGCCCAAAAGGCUUGCAUCAAUUCCAUUUGUGUUGAUCCCUGCUCCUUGGCCAAUCACUGUGGACCCCAACAAGAAUGUAAGGUUAUUGAACACCAACCGGUUUGCUCCAGACUCUGUGAAUGUCAGCGCAAAUCGGAUUGUCCCAAAGAUUUCGAAUGCGAUGGUUGUCAAUGUCGUCAAGUAAUUCAACGUACACCUGGCUGUGAACACUGUGCCCCUGGCUAUCUAUGUGAUGCCUCAACGGGAGCCUGUAUAAAGGUGGAAUGUUCCCAUGACGCCGAUUGCAGCAUAACCGAGGCCUGUAUCAAUCAACGUUGCCUGCAUCCAUGUGAUGCCCACAAUCCUUGUGCCCAAAAUGCUGUCUGUGUCAACACCAAUCAUGCUGCCGAAUGUAGCUGUACCGAUGGCUAUGAGGGUAAUGGUUAUGUUGGCUGUCAACCAGCUUUCAAAUCUCCACCGGUCUGUCAAUACAAUGAGGAUUGUCCUCCGAACAAGUUAUGCGAUCGUUUGAAUCGUCGUUGCAUCAAUCCCUGCCAAGAAGAUUCCUGUGGUGAAAAUGCCGAAUGUCUGGCCGUUAAUCAUGGCAUUGAAUGUCGUUGCUUGCCUGGCUAUGCUGGCAAUGCCUAUGUUGAGUGUUCGGUUCUGCAGGGUUGCCGUUCGGAUGGAGAAUGUGCGGCCAGUGAGGCUUGCAUUAACGGCAAAUGUUCAUCGCCCUGUAGCUGUGGUGCCUAUGCCCUGUGUGAUGUUGUCAAUCAUCGUGGUAUCUGUAAAUGUCCUCCUGGCUAUACCGGAAAUCCAGCAAUUGCCUGCAGUCCACCCAGCAAUCCAUGUGAUCCAAAUCCUUGUGGUACAAAUGCUUUGUGCGAAUUGGAUAAUGGUAAUCCGAUUUGUUAUUGUCCAAAGGGUCGUACAGGCAACCCCUUCAAGAAUUGCAUUCCUGAGGGCGAUGAAUGUACACCGAACCCUUGCGGACCCAAUUCCGGUUGCCGUAUGGUCUCAAAUUCACCCAUAUGUUUCUGUCUACCCGAAUAUGAAGGUCAACCACCUCACGUGCCCUGUCAGUUGCCAUCGAAUCCUUGCGAUCCUUCACCAUGUGGUCCCAACACCCAAUGUACCACAUUGUCAAAUGGCUUCUCAAAAUGUACCUGUCUACCGGGCUAUGUGGAAAGUCCGAAUACCAUUCGUGGUUGCAUUGAACCCAUUAACCCUUGUGACCCCAAUCCUUGUGGUAUUGGUGCCAUCUGCGAUUCAACACGCAAUCCCGUCUGCUUCUGUCCCGAUAAUAAAAUUGGCAAUCCCUUCCGUUUGUGUGAAAAACCAUCUGUCACCAUUGAGUUAUGUAAACCUGGACCUUGUGGUCAAAAUGCCGAUUGUUAUGUUACCGAUAAUCGUGAAGAAUGCUAUUGUCGUCCUGGUUAUAUUGGUGAUCCUUAUCAGAGUUGUCGUGAACCACCACGUUCCGUGUGUGAACCAAACCCCUGUGGACCUAAUGCAGAAUGUGUUAUAUCACCGAAUGGUCAAAGUGCCUGUGUCUGUCCUGAUGGUUUGGCUGGAGAUCCCAACUCUUCGCUGGGUUGUCAUGGCUAUGAGUGUCAAGUGGAUGAUGACUGUCCCUUCGAUAAGGCUUGUAUGGGCUUCAAGUGUCACGAUCCAUGCCCUGGAGCCUGUGGUCAUGGUGCCAAUUGCCGUGUUGAACAACAUCAUCCUGUGUGCUCGUGCAACCCUGGCCUUACCGGCAAUCCUGGUGUUUUCUGCUACGCUUUGGAUGUCCCCAAGAAAAAUAGAAACCCUUGCGUUCCCAGCCCAUGCGGCUUGAACAGUGAAUGUAAAGUCAUGAAUAAUCACGCCGUUUGUUCGUGUCUACCAAGUUAUUUGGGUGAUCCCAAGACUGGCUGCCGUCCCGAGUGUGACAUCAACUCCGAUUGUGGUUCCAAUCAGGCCUGUAUCAAUCACAAAUGUAUUGACCCAUGUGCUGGAACUAUUUGCGGUAUCAAUGCCUUAUGUUCAGUCCAACAACAUACCCCAGUCUGUCGCUGUUUGGAUGGUUUCACCGGAGAUGCCUUCCGUCAAUGUAUUGCCAUUGGUGUGCUGCACAAUGUGUCACGUGAUCCUUGCGUACCAUCACCAUGUGGUCCCUCAGAUGUCUGCUCAGUUUAUACCGAUGGCGUUGCUCUCUGCGAUCCAUGCUUUGGCCCAGAUGCCCAAUAUAAUCCACGUUGUCGUCCUGAAUGUAUUUCCAACUCCGAUUGUCCCUUCGAUAAGGCCUGUUUGGGUUCGAGAUGCUUAGAUCCUUGCCCCGGUUCGUGCGGUCACAAGGCUCUGUGUCAUGUCUAUGAGCACAAUCCCAUCUGCUCUUGUCCUCCUGGUCUUUAUGGCAAUCCUUAUGAUCAUUGUGAUGUACCGAUUCGUGAUAAACCAACACCAUCACCAAGCUGCGCCAAAUUGCAGUGUGGUGCCAAUGCGGAAUGUAAGAAGCAAAGUGGUGUCCUCAGCUGUGUUUGUCGCAAGGGUUACUUUGGUAAUCCUUUCGUUGGCUGUAGACCCGAAUGUGUACUAAACUCGGAUUGUCCGGUGGAUAGAGCUUGUGUCAAUUCGAAAUGUGUGGAUGUCUGCUCCGGAGUUUGUGGCAUCAAUGCCCUUUGCCAGGUUGUCAAUCACGGCCCAGUUUGUAUUUGCCCUGAAGGUUACACGGGUGAUGCUUUCAAACAAUGUUCGCGCACACCUCAAAUACCCAACACAUAUUUGCCAGUAGAUAGACCCAGAAAUCCUUGCGAACCCUCGCCAUGUGGUCCAAAUGCCAGAUGUUUAAUUUCACCAGAAGGUUAUGCCGCUUGUUCCUGCUUGCCAGACUUCAAGGGUUCGCCACCUGUCUGCCAACCGGAAUGUAUUGUCAGCUCGGAAUGUCCCCUACAACAGGCUUGUAUUAAUCAACGUUGUGCUGAUCCCUGCCCCGGUACCUGUGGUGUUUCAGCCAAAUGUAAGGUGCAAAAUCACAAUCCGAUUUGCUCUUGUGAACAGGGUUAUGAAGGAGAUCCAUUUGUGUCGUGUCAACCAGUUCAAGAAUCACCUAAAGAAGUCGAUCAUCCAAGACCACAAAAUCCUUGUGUACCUUCACCAUGUGGACCCAAUUCGAUUUGUCAAGUGAAACAAGGACGCCCAGUGUGUUCCUGUGUUGCCAACUAUGUCGGAAGUCCACCAUAUUGUAGACCCGAAUGUACCCUGAACAGUGAAUGUCCUGCAGAUAAGGCCUGUAUCCAAGAGAAAUGUGAAAAUCCUUGUGUCAACACCUGCGGUCAUAAUGCCAAAUGUACGGUUAUUGCCCAUUCCGCGUACUGUAGUUGCGAAGAGGGUUAUGAAGGAGAUGCCUUUGUCGGCUGUUCCAAGGUCAUUAAGCCUCAGGACCAUGUUGACCCUUGCUAUGCCAAUCCUUGUGCUGAAAAUGCUGUUUGCACUGAACGUAAUGGUAUCGCCAGAUGUUCAUGUAUUGAACCCUAUAUUGGAGAUCCUUACUCAACUGGUUGCCGACCUGAAUGUGUCUACAAUGCGGAGUGCCCUUCACAACAGGCUUGCAUUAAACAACAUUGCCGCGAUCCUUGUGUUGGUACUUGUGGUUCCAACGCCGAAUGUUCAGUGGUUAAUCAUGUGCCGGUUUGUAGCUGUGCCCGUGGUUAUGUUGGUGAUCCGUUUACGGGUUGCAAAAAGGAUACACAAAUGAAACCCAUUAGCCCCUGUGAACCCAAUGUGUGUGGCCCCUAUAGCAUUUGUCGUGCCGUGGAUGGCCGUCCCACUUGCUCUUGCCAGGAGGGUUACUUUGGCGCUCCACCCAACUGCCGUCCUGAGUGUGUGGUCAGCUCUGAGUGCAGCCAACACUUGGCCUGUAUCAAUCAGAAAUGUGUUGAUCCUUGUGUCGGAACCUGCGGUUUCAAUGCCAAAUGCCAGGUGGUAAAUCACAACCCAAUAUGUUCAUGUCCCUCCGAAAUGACUGGUGAUCCAUUUGAACAAUGUGUACCCAAACCCAAACAACCCACACCUGAAAUAAAUGCCUGCCUACCAAGCCCAUGUGGUCCGAAUGCCCAGUGUCGUGAUAUGGACAAUCGAGCUGUAUGCUCUUGUCUGCCCGGCAUGUUUGGUGCACCACCCAACUGCCGUCCUGAAUGUGUUAUCCAUCAGGAUUGUCCAUCGAAUCGUGCCUGUAUUGCUCAACGUUGUGAAGAUCCUUGUGCCGGAGCAUGCGGUUUCAAUGCUGUGUGUACGGCAUUGAAUCACAAACCCGUUUGCUCUUGCCUUGAGGGUCACGAAGGUGAUCCUUAUGCCGGCUGUAGUAUGCGUGCAAUUGUGGUACCCGAUACACCAAGCGAUCCUUGCAAUCCCUCACCCUGCGGUUCCAAUGCCAUAUGUCGUGAACGUAAUGGUGCAGGAGCUUGUAGCUGCUUGCCAAAUUAUUUCGGUGAUCCUUACAUCAAUUGUCGCCCCGAAUGUGUACAAAACUCCGAUUGUCCGCGUACAAAAACUUGCCUAAAUAUGAAAUGUGUAGAUCCAUGUGAAAAUUUGUGUGGCUAUAGGGCGGUGUGUCGUGUGGCAAAUCAUCAACCCAUGUGCUCGUGUGAACCAGGUUUUACUGGUAAUCCCAUGAGAAUAUGUGUUGAAAGGCCAUCAAAUGAAUAUUUACCACUGCCCCGUGACCCCUGUAGACCAUCACCAUGCGGUCAGUUUAGUACCUGCCGCGUUCGCGGUGAUCGUCCCAUUUGUUCGUGUCUACCCAAUUAUAUGGGUCAACCACCAAAUUGUAAACCGGAAUGUGUCAUCAGUGCCGAAUGUCCAUCGAAUAAGGCAUGCAUGAAUCAACGUUGUGUUGAUCCAUGUCCUGGAACUUGUGGUCACAAUGCCAGAUGUCGUGUUACCAAUCAUUCACCCAUAUGUACCUGUGUGCAGGGCUAUACGGGUGAUCCGUUCCAUCAAUGUCAACCGGAAAGAAAACCCGAAACACCCCGAGAUCCCAUUGUACCACAAAAUCCCUGUGUACCCUCACCGUGUGGUGCCAAUUCACAGUGCCGCGUCUCUAGUAAUGGUGCCGUUUGUUCUUGUCUACGUGAUUAUGUUGGACGACCACCCAAUUGUCGUCCUGAAUGUUCCAUCAACUCCGAGUGUCCUUCCCAAAGGGCUUGCGUCAACAAUCGUUGUGUUGACCCCUGCAUUGGUUCAUGCGGCAAUAAUGCCUUGUGUCAUGUUAGCAAUCAUGUACCGGUGUGUAUGUGUCAGGAUGGCUUUACUGGAGAUCCAUUUUCGGGUUGUUAUCUGUUAAUACAAAUACCCGAUGAACCUGCCCAACCCUGCAAUCCUAGCCCCUGCGGUUUGAAUGCUUUGUGUGAGGAACGCAAUCGUGCGGCAGCAUGUAAAUGCAUACCCGAAUAUUUUGGUGAUCCAUAUGUUGAAUGUCGACCGGAAUGUGUUUUGAACAGCGAUUGUUCGAAAUCACAGGCCUGUGUCAAUAAUAAAUGUGUGGAUCCCUGUCCGGGUGUGUGUGGUCAUAAUGCCGAAUGUUAUGCUUUAAAUCAUCAGGCAAAUUGUGAAUGUCUGUUGGGCUUUACGGGAAAUCCCAAUGUGGGUUGUCAUCCCAUACCAGAGACACCUAAAUAUGAUAUUACCGUACCCAGCAAUCCCUGUGUACCCUCACCAUGUGGUCUCUAUAGCAAUUGCCGCGUGCAAAAUGGCCACGCCGUGUGUUCAUGCCUAGCCAAUUAUAUUGGUGCACCACCAAAUUGUCGACCCGAAUGUAUGACCAGCUCCGAUUGUGCUCAAGACAAGUCGUGUAUCAAUGAAAAAUGCAAAGAUCCUUGUCCGGGAACGUGUGGCAUAAAUGCCCAGUGUCGUGUUGUCAAUCAUAAUCCCAUAUGUUCAUGCAUGUCUGGCUAUACGGGAGAUCCAUUUAUACGCUGUAUAUAUGAAGAAAAACGCCCUGUUGUAAGAGAUCCUGUGAAUCCGUGUGUACCCUCACCGUGUGGUCCAAAUUCACAGUGUCGCGUUUCACCGAACAACGAACAGGCAGUUUGCUCUUGCCUGCCGAAUUAUAUUGGUCGGGCGCCAAAUUGCCGUCCCGAAUGUACUUCGAAUUCAGAAUGUCGCGGCAACAUGGCUUGCAUCAAUCAGCGUUGUCAAGAUCCAUGUCAGGGUUCAUGCGGUUCCUUCACCACAUGUAUUGUAAAUAAUCAUAGACCAAUAUGUCGUUGCUUACCAGGUUAUACGGGUGAUCCAUUUUCAGAAUGUAGUCCGCAAAUUGUUGUACCGACGGAGAAAGCCGAACCAUGCAAUCCCAGCCCCUGUGGUGCCAAUGCCGUUUGCAAGGAACGUAAUGGUGUCGGCUCCUGUACUUGUUUGCCAGAAUACCAUGGAGAUCCUUACACCGAAUGUCGUCCCGAGUGUGUACUCAACACGGAUUGUUCCAAGAAUCGGGCCUGUAUCAACAACAAAUGCCGCGAUCCCUGCCCUGGAGUAUGUGGUGUUGAUGCCCAAUGUCAUGUCAUCAAUCACGCACCAAGUUGCAGCUGUCCUUCCGGAUACACUGGCAAUCCUUCGGAAUAUUGUCGCAAGGAAAUUAAACAAUUAGACACCGUCAAACCAUGCCGUCCUUCACCCUGUGGCCCCUACAGCCAAUGUCGUGAAGUUAAUGGUCAUGCGGUCUGCUCAUGCUUAACCAAUUAUAUGGGUACUCCACCAGCCUGUCGUCCUGAGUGUUCGGUUAGUUCCGAGUGUGCUCAGGAUAGGGCUUGUUUGAAUUUGCGUUGUGUAGAUCCAUGCCCAGGUACUUGCGGCAAUGAGGCUGUAUGUAAGGUUACCAAUCACAACCCCAUAUGUUCUUGUCCCCUCGGCUAUACGGGUGAUCCGUUCAUCCGUUGCAUCAAGAUUGAAGAACGUAAGGUGGACGAUGACAAGCCAACGAAUCCUUGUAUACCCAGCCCAUGUGGCCCCAACUCUCAAUGUCGCGUUGUGGGUGAGACACCAGUGUGCUCUUGCCUACCCGAUUUUGUCGGUCGUGCACCCAAUUGUCGUCCCGAGUGUAGCAUUAAUUCCGAAUGUCCUGCCAACUUGGCUUGUAUCAAUGAGAAAUGUAAAGAUCCUUGUCCGGGAUCGUGUGGCUUCAAUGCUUUCUGUAAUGUUGUCAAUCACUCGCCUGUGUGUAGCUGUGAGCAGGGUUAUUCUGGAGAUCCAUUUGCCGGUUGUAAUCCAACACCACUACCCGAAGAACAUCUAACACCCUGCAAUCCCUCACCAUGUGGUCCCAACGCCGAGUGCAAGGAACGCAAUGGUGCCGGUUCUUGUACCUGUGUUGAGGGUUACUUUGGUGAUCCAUACAGUGGUUGCCGACCUGAGUGUGUGGUCAAUUCCGAUUGUCCUCGUGACAAGUCUUGUGUCAAUCAAAAAUGUACCGAUCCCUGUCCGGGUGUAUGUGGCAUGAAUGCCGAAUGUCGUGUUGGCAAUCAUGUGCCAACAUGUCACUGCCUACCAGGUUUUACCGGAAAUCCUUUGAGUUCAUGUCGUCUGAUACCAGAACCUGAACCAACUCCAAUUGCCCGCGAUGAAAAUCCUUGUCAACCCUCACCCUGUGGCCCCUAUAGCCAAUGUCGUGAAGUUAAUGGACAUGCCGUUUGCUCAUGCCAAACCAGCUAUAUUGGUUCACCGCCCAAUUGUCGUCCGGAAUGUAUUGUUAGCUCGGAUUGUGCCCAAAAUAUGGCUUGUCAAAAUCAGAAAUGUAUUGAUCCUUGCCCUGGCACAUGUGGACCCGAAGCACGUUGUCAAGUUGUAAAUCACUAUGCAGCAUGUUCCUGUCCUCCUGGUUAUACGGGAGAUCCUUUCAAUAGAUGUACUAGAAUUAAAUUGGAUGUUCGUCCAGUUGAAAAGACGGGCAAUCCAUGUGUACCCUCACCAUGUGGACCCAACUCGAAAUGUAUCGAUGUUGGUGGUGGUUCGCCUGCAUGCUCCUGUUUACCCGACUAUCUGGGACGGCCACCUAAUUGUCGUCCCGAAUGCAUGAGUAGUUCGGACUGUCCCGCCAAUAUGGCCUGCAUGAAUCAGAAAUGUUCGAAUCCGUGUGCGGGUGCUUGUGGCAUACAUACACAGUGUACAGUUAUAAAACACAGUCCUGCAUGUCAAUGUGAACCUGGCUACACCGGGGAUCCGUUCUCUGGCUGUAGCGCUGUACAAAUAACCGACACCACUGAACGACCACGUGAUCCUUGCAAUCCCUCACCUUGCGGUGCCAAUGCCAUUUGCCGUGAACGUAAUGGUGUAGGCUCCUGUGCCUGUCUACCCGAAUACUUUGGUGAUCCUUACACUGGCUGUAGACCUGAAUGUGUACAAAACUCCGAUUGUGAUCGCUCCAAGGCUUGCUUCAACAACAAAUGUCAAGAUCCUUGCCCUGGUGUGUGUGGCAUUAAUGCCGAAUGUCGGGUUAUCAAUCAUGCACCCAACUGUCAGUGCUUUGAAGGAUAUACCGGCGAUGCUCAUCGUGCCUGUUCGGUCAUUGAAGUCACAACUAUGGCACCAUUGAAUCCAUGUUAUCCAUCACCUUGCGGACCCUAUAGUCAAUGUCGUGAAUCAAAUGGUCAUGCAGUAUGCUCUUGUUUGGAUAACUACAUUGGUGCUCCACCAUCAUGCCGUCCCGAGUGCGUUGUCAGUUCAGAGUGUCCACAAAAUCGUGCCUGCAUCCAACAGAAAUGUGGUGAUCCAUGUGCUGGAGCUUGUGGCUCUCAGGCUAGAUGCCAAGUGGUUAAUCACAAUCCAAUCUGUACCUGCCCUGCCGAUAUGACUGGUGAUCCAUUUGUUGAAUGUGUCGAAGAUAUUCCAACUGUUCGUGAUCCUCAAAAUCCUUGUGUACCCUCGCCAUGUGGACCCAAUUCAUUGUGCCGUGAAAUCGGUGGUCAAGCCGCCUGCUCGUGCCAGACCAACUACAUUGGAAGACCUCCAAAUUGCCGUCCAGAGUGUACCAAUCACGAUGAGUGUCAAAGCAAUUUGGCCUGUCAAAAUGAACGUUGCAUUGAUCCUUGCCCAGGAUCCUGCGGCUCUAACGCUCUCUGCAAAGUGGUCCAACAUAAUGCCAUUUGUUCAUGUGCCGACGGUUAUGAAGGUGAUCCAAUAUCGGGAUGUCAACUUAUUCCACCAGUAUUACCCAAACAACCACCUACCUCACCCUGUGAACCCUCACCAUGUGGUCCACAUGCCGAAUGUCGUGAACGUAAUGGAGCCGGUGCUUGCUAUUGUCAUGAGGGUUAUGAAGGUAAUCCCUACGAUGCUCAAGUCGGUUGUCGCCGUGAAUGUGAAUCCAAUGAUGAGUGUUCGCCAGCCCAGGCUUGUGUCCGCUUCAAGUGUGUCGACCCAUGCAUUAACAUUUGUGGAGAAUAUGCCAUCUGCUCGGUAGAUAAUCAUGUACCAACAUGUACAUGUCCUCAAGGAUAUUCUGGCGAUCCAUUCUUCCAAUGUAAACCAGUACCUAUCACGCCGAGACCAAUUGUCAAUCCUUGUGUACCAUCACCAUGUGGUCCCAACAGUAUUUGCCGCAAUAUCAAUGAUCAGGCUGUGUGCUCAUGUCAAUCCGGAUUUGUGAAUCAACCACCCAACUGUCGUCCAGAAUGUGUGGUCAGUUCGGAAUGUUCCGCCGAUAGGGCUUGUGUCAAUAACAAAUGUGUGGACCCAUGUCAACAUACUUGCGGACAAAUGGCUAUUUGUCAAGUAAAGAAUCACAGUCCUAUUUGUACAUGUCCCAGAGGCAUGACGGGCGAUCCAUUUGUCAAAUGUUCCAAGAUACCCAUCGUUAUUGAAAGCGAACCCACCGAAAAACCACCAUCCUGCGUGCCCUCACCAUGUGGACCCAACUCCAAAUGCCAGAUUAUUGGUGGCAGCCCAGCCUGCUCUUGCUUGCCAGACUUUACUGGCGCCCCACCAAACUGCCGUCCUGAAUGUGUUCUCAACUCCGAAUGUGGUCCCAGCGAGGCUUGCAUCAAUCAGAAAUGCCGUGAUCCUUGUCCUGGUUCUUGCGGUUUCGAAGCCAAAUGCCAUGUCCUAAAUCAUGUUCCUAUUUGCAAUUGCUUAGAUGGCUACACAGGAGAUCCAUUUGUACGCUGCAGUCCUGAACCAGUCACAGAGGCUCCUAAGACACCUAACGAUCCUUGUGACCCCAAUCCAUGUGGGCCCAAUGCUGAUUGCUUUAACGGAGAAUGUAGAUGCCAAGAUAAUUACCAAGGUAAUCCUUACGAUGGCUGUCGUCCCGAAUGUACUCUCUCGGCUGAUUGCCCUCGUGAUAAGGCCUGCAUGCGCAACAAGUGUGUGGAUCCUUGCCCCGGAACUUGUGGCAUUAAUGCUUUGUGUGAGGUACUGAAUCACAUUCCAGUUUGCUCAUGUCAACGAGGAUAUGAAGGUGAUCCAUUCACCAACUGCCGUUUGAAACAAGAUGAACCCGAGAGACCAGCAGAACCUUGCUCACCAUCACCAUGUGGACCCAAUAGUCAGUGCCGCAAUGUCAACGAUCACGCCGUAUGCUCAUGUAUGGAUGGUUUCAUUGGUGCCCCACCACAAUGUCGUCCCGAGUGUGUUGUGUCCAGUGAAUGUUCGGCUUUGCAGGCUUGUGUCAACAAGAAAUGUGUGGAUCCAUGUGCCGGAGCUUGUGGUAUUGAUGCUCGUUGUGAGGUUAUCAAUCACAGUCCAAUUUGUGGUUGUCCUCCGGGCAAGACUGGAGAUCCAUUCAAGAGAUGUUUGGAUAUUCCACCACCACCGCCAACACCCAAGGAUCCUGUCGUGGAAAGAGAUCCCUGCGACCCAUCACCUUGUGGCCCCAACUCUGUAUGCAAAUCUGGACCCAAUGGUCCUUCGUGUCAAUGUCUACCAGACUUCUUUGGUUCACCACCAAAUUGCCGACCUGAAUGUAUUAUCAAUCCCGACUGUCCCUCCACCCAGGCUUGUAUCAACAACAAAUGUCGCGAUCCAUGCCCUGGCUCAUGUGGUACCAAUGCCGAAUGUCGUGUCAUCAGUCACACGGUGUCUUGCUCUUGUCCUACCGGAUUUGCUGGCAAUGCUUUCGUUCAAUGUAUACAACAGAGAGAAGAACCCAUCAGACCUUGCGAACCAUCACCAUGUGGUCCCAACGCUGAAUGUAUUGAACGUAAUGGUGCCGCCUCCUGCAAGUGUGUUGAUGACUAUCAAGGCAAUCCCUACCAAGGUUGCAGACCUGAAUGUGUUCUUAGCUCGGAUUGUCCCACCGAUAUGGCUUGCAUACGCAACAAAUGUAAAGAUCCAUGCCCAGGAAUAUGCGGCUCCAAUGCCCAGUGCUAUGCUGUUAACCAUGUACCCAACUGUGUUUGCAAUGAAGGCUAUACCGGAGAUCCAUUCUCAAAUUGCCGACCAGAACCAAAAUUGCCACCACCAGCACCUGGCAAUCCUUGCCAACCAUCACCAUGUGGACCAAACAGCAAAUGUCGUGUUUCCAAUGGCUUACCUGUAUGCUCGUGCCUGGAUAACUUUGUGGGAGCACCACCAAACUGCAAACCAGAAUGUACUGUUAAUGCAGAAUGUCCCCAGAACAAGGCUUGCCACAAAUUCAAGUGUGCCAAUCCUUGUGCUGGCACUUGUGGCAUUGAUGCCAAGUGUGAAGUGAUUAACCACAACCCAAUUUGCAGUUGCGCCUUGGACAUGACUGGUGAUCCAUUUACCAGAUGUUACCCGGCUCCAGAACUACCUAAGGAUGUGCCAACGAAACCCAAGAAUCCAUGCAUACCAUCACCAUGUGGUCUGUACUCGGAGUGUCGUGUUAGUGGUGAUCAACCGUCAUGCUCUUGCUUGCCCAACUAUGUGGGAGCACCACCCAAUUGCCGUCCAGAAUGUGUUGUCAACACCGAUUGUCCUUCGGAUUUGGCUUGUAUUGCCGAGAAGUGUCGCAACCCAUGUGAUGGCACCUGUGGCAUCAAUUCGGAAUGUCGCAUACAAAAUCAUUUGGCUAUUUGCACUUGUCGCAACGGUUUCACUGGUGAUCCAUUCUCUCAGUGUAUUGAGAUUAUUGAAGAGAAGACUCAGACGCCGGUGGAAAGUGAUCCAUGCAGCCUGCAACCAUGUGGAGCCAAUGCUGAAUGCCGUCCUGGAGGCGUUUGUGUAUGCUUGAGAGAUUAUCAAGGUGAUCCCUAUGUCGGAUGCCGUCCAGAGUGUACCUUGAGUACAGAUUGCUCACCCAACAAGGCUUGCUUAAAUAAGAAAUGUGUUGAUCCCUGCCCUGGAACAUGUGGACAAAAUGCCCAAUGUGAUGUCAACAACCACAUACCAGUGUGCUCGUGUCCUAAAGGCUUCACUGGAGAUCCAUUCAUCAAUUGCCGUCAAGUUGUACGCCAUGAGGAACCAGUCGACUUCUGCCGUCCCAAUCCAUGUGGACCAAACAGUGUAUGCCAAGUCUCAGCCCAAGGACCCAAGUGUGCUUGCCAACAGGGUAUGUUGGGUUCACCACCAGCCUGUAAACCUGAAUGUAUUGUCAGUUCGGAAUGUUCGCUACAAACGGCAUGUAUUAAUCGCAAAUGUGUCGAUCCCUGCCCCGGAGCAUGCGGACAAUUUGCCAAAUGUCAAGUUAUCAAUCACAAUCCAAUUUGUACUUGCAACAAUGGUUACACUGGUGAUCCCUUCACCCGAUGCUAUGAAGAACCAAAGGUAAUAGCACCACCACAACCUCAAAAUCCAUGUGUACCAUCACCAUGCGGACCAAACUCAGAAUGUAAGGUGGUCGGUGAUAGUCCAGCAUGUUCAUGUGCUGCCACCUUCUUGGGUACACCACCAAAUUGCCGUCCUGAAUGUACCAUCAAUCCAGAAUGUCCAUCAACAAAGGCCUGUAUACGCCAGAAAUGUGAAGAUCCUUGCAUUGGAUCAUGCGGUUUCAAUGCUCGCUGUACUGUUGCCAAUCAUAUGCCAAUUUGUAGCUGUGAAGCUGGUUUUACCGGAGAUCCAUUUUCAAGCUGUCAACCAAUACCAGAACGAGUUAUCAACGAACAAAUUACACCAUGUGAACCCAAUCCAUGCGGUUCGAAUGCUGUUUGCCGUGAACAAAACGGUAUUGGUUCCUGUCAAUGCUUACCCGAAUAUUUCGGUGAUCCAUAUCAAGCAUGUCGUCCCGAAUGUGUACGCAACUCCGAUUGCCCAACAACACGUGCCUGUACCCAAAAUAAAUGUACCGAUCCAUGCCCGGGUACCUGUGGUUCGAAUGCCAUAUGCACGGUAACAAAUCACAUACCAACAUGUUCCUGUCUGCCAGGUUAUACUGGUGCACCGUACAGUUUUUGUCAUAAAGCUCCGGAAAUACCCGUACGUCAAGAAGAACCCACUAAUCCUUGUUCACCAUCGCCCUGUGGCCCCAACUCUCAAUGUAGGGAAUUAAAUGGCCAGGCGGUUUGCUCUUGCCUAGAAAACUACAUCGGUUUACCGCCUUCGUGUAGGCCAGAAUGUGUCCUUAGUUCGGAAUGUGCCAGUGAUAGGGCCUGUAUCAAUCAGCGUUGUCAAGAUCCCUGCCCUGGAACUUGUGGUCUCAAUGCUGAAUGUCGUGUACGCAACCACAGUCCAUUGUGUCAAUGUAGGCCAGGAUUUACGGGUGAUGCGUUUACCAGAUGUUUCCCCAUACCACCUCCUCAACCAAUUGUAAAAGAAGCAAUACAACGUGAUCCUUGUAUACCCUCACCCUGUGGUCCAAAUUCGCAGUGUCGCAAUAAUCAGGGAGUACCCUCAUGUACUUGCUUAGCAAAUUACAUGGGUGCCCCUCCCAACUGUAGACCUGAAUGUACCAUUAGUGCUGAAUGUGCCUCGGAUAGGGCAUGUAUAAGGGAACGUUGUAUUGAUCCUUGCCCAGGAUCGUGUGGCUUCUCCGCCGUUUGUAAUGUUGUAAAUCACACACCAGUUUGUACUUGUCCGGAGGGUUACACCGGUGAUCCGUUUAGUUCAUGUAGUCCGGCACCUCCCGAGGAGGUUUAUAAUGAACCCACCGAUCCAUGCCGUCCCUCACCAUGUGGACCAAAUGCUCAGUGUCGUAACGGCAUUUGUUCAUGCCUACCAGAAUAUCAAGGUGAUCCAUAUCGUGGUUGUCGUCCCGAAUGUGUGUUAAAUGCCGAUUGUAGCCGAGACAAGGCCUGCUCACGCAGCAAGUGUGUCGAUCCUUGUCCGGGUACUUGUGGUGACAAUGCCAUUUGUGAGGUUAUCAAUCACAUACCCAUGUGCCGAUGCCCAGAGGGUACAGUUGGAAGUGCCUUCAUUAGAUGUUCUCCUCAACAAAAAUUAAUGACACCCACGAAUCCUUGUCAACCCUCACCAUGUGGACCCAAUUCACAAUGUCGUGUAAUAAAUCAGCAACCUGUUUGCUCUUGUCUACAAGGUUUUAUUGGAGCUCCUCCACUAUGUCGUCCGGAAUGCACCUCCAAUUCGGAGUGUUCGCCCACACAGGCUUGUUUGAAUCAAAAAUGUCAAGAUCCAUGUCCGGGCACUUGUGGUGUUCGCGGCCAAUGCUCCGUUGUCAAUCAUAGUCCAUUCUGUACUUGCCCCAAUGGUUUUACAGGAAAUCCGUUCGUCAGUUGUCAGCGUAUAAGUAAGUUUGAAAUUUGAGUGCACAAUUCUAGGAGGGAAAUUAACAAAAGUCCCAUUUUAUAUCUAGUCGAACCGGUACGUGAUGUGGCACCACAAGAUCCUUGCAAUCCCUCACCAUGUGGUCCGUAUUCACAAUGUAAGCCAAUUGGAGAGGCACCCUCAUGUUCGUGUUUGCAAUCGUACAUUGGUGUACCGCCAAAUUGCCGACCAGAAUGUGUAACCAGUUCGGAUUGUGCCAGUAACUUGGCUUGUAUUAAUCAGAAGUGUACCGAUCCAUGUCCAGGACGUUGUGGUCUUAAUGCCGAUUGCCGAGUUGUUAGUCACGCUGUGCAAUGUGUUUGCUUUGAGGGUUAUAGUGGAGAUCCAUUUGUACAGUGUUCGCCAGUUGUGGAAAGAGACGUCGUGGAAGUGUUAACACCCUGCAGUCCUUCGCCGUGUGGACCUAAUGCAGUUUGCCGCGAACGAAAUGGAGUUGGUUCCUGCACCUGUUUGCCGGAAUAUUUCGGCAAUCCCUAUGAAGGUUGUCGUCCUGAAUGUUUGCUCAAUUCCGAUUGUCCCUCGAAUCGUGCCUGUUUGCAGCAGAAGUGUCAGGAUCCCUGUCCUGGUACCUGUGGACAAAAUGCAGAAUGUCAAGUGGUAAAUCAUUUGCCAACCUGUAAUUGUCUAUCGGGUUACAUCGGUGAUCCUUAUCGUAUUUGUCAACUUCCUGCAGAACCGAUACGCAAUGAAUAUGUCAAUCCUUGCCAACCCUCACCUUGUGGUCCCAAUUCACAAUGCCGUGAGGUUAAUACCCAAGCUGUAUGCUCCUGUUUGCCAGAAUUUAUUGGUCAACCACCGGCCUGUCGUCCGGAAUGUACAAUCUCCUCAGAGUGUACAGCGGACAAGGCUUGUGUUAACCAGAAGUGUGUUAAUCCAUGUGCCAAUUCACCGUGUGGACAAAAUGCCGAGUGUAGGGUUCGCAAUCACAGUCCUUUGUGUUCUUGUAAUCGCGGUUAUACCGGUGAUGCAUUCACCAGAUGCUAUCCCAUACCACCACCACCACCUCCACAAGUUGAACGUGAAGAGAUACGCGAUCCUUGUGUACCUUCACCGUGCGGUCCGAAUUCGGAAUGUCGCAAUAGCAAUGGGGUACCAUCCUGCUCAUGUCUGGCUACCUUUAUUGGCCAACCACCAAACUGUAGGCCGGAAUGUACCAUUAACUCCGAAUGUCCCUCACAACAGGCCUGUAUCAAUCAGAAAUGUAGAGACCCAUGUCCUGGUGCCUGUGGCUUCAAUGCUAUUUGUCGUGUCAUAAAUCACACACCAUCGUGUGCCUGUGACGAAGGUUACAUCGGUAAUCCAUUCGUCAGUUGUUCACCCAAACCACCAGAACCUACCACACCUCCUCGUUUCGAUGAUCCUUGUAAUCCCUCACCCUGCGGUUCCAAUGCCAUUUGUGAUAAUGGCCAAUGUACAUGCAUUGCGGAAUAUCAAGGAGAUCCCUACGUUGGUUGCAGACCUGAAUGUGUUCUCAACACGGAUUGUCCACGCGACAGAGCUUGUAUACAAAAUAAGUGCAUGGAUCCUUGUCCAGGAACUUGUGCCCCUACUGCCAUAUGUGAGGUUCACAACCAUGUACCAAUGUGCCAUUGUCCCGAAGGAAUGACGGGAAAUGCUUUCUUCGAUUGCCGUGCCAUACCAACUCCCGUGCCAACAAAUCCUUGCCAACCAUCGCCGUGUGGCCCCAACAGCCAAUGUCGUGUUGUUCAAGAUACCGCAGUUUGCUCAUGUCUAGCCAAUUUCAUUGGUAGUCCACCACAAUGUCGACCGGAAUGUACCACCAACUCCGAUUGUGCUCCAGAUCAAGCUUGCCAAAAUAUGAAAUGCCGCGAUCCUUGCCCUGGUACAUGCGGCUUUAAUGCCCUUUGUAAUGUUGUAAAUCAUUCGCCGUACUGUACCUGUCGUCCGGGUAUGACCGGCGAUCCAUUUGUAAGGUGCGAACCAGUAUUGGAACCUAUCAGGGAUGUUAAGACUCCCACAAAUCCAUGUGUCCCCUCGCCUUGUGGACCGAACUCGGAAUGUCGUGUCAAUGGAGAUUCGCCAUCGUGUUCAUGUUUACCAGAUUUCAUUGGAGCUCCACCCCAGUGUCGCCCAGAGUGUAUUUCAAAUUCGGAGUGUUCCUCGAACAUGGCUUGUAUAAAUCAAAAAUGUCGUGAUCCCUGCCCUGGUUUGUGUGGCCAGAAUGCCCUGUGUAGGGUAUUCUCCCACACACCAAUGUGUUUAUGCGAAGAAGGUUUUACCGGAGAUGCAUUCUCAGUGUGUAGCCCUGUACAACAGGCACCACCUGAAGUUUUGAGACCUUGUGAUCCCAGCCCUUGUGGCGCCAAUGCCAAAUGUGAAGAACGCGGUGGAGCUGGAUCGUGUCAAUGUCUACCCGAUUACUUUGGUAAUCCCUAUGAAGGCUGUCGUCCGGAAUGUGUUUUGAAUUCAGAUUGUCCAUCGAAUAAAGCUUGUCGUAAUCAAAAGUGUAUGGAUCCCUGCCCUGGAACGUGCGGCCAAAAUGCCGAAUGCCAAGUUAUAAAUCAUUUGCCAUCCUGUAAUUGUUUACCAGGAUUUUCGGGAGAUCCUUAUAAUUUGUGUUCUGUAAUUAGAGAUGCACCAAUUCGCCAAUAUGUCAACCCUUGCCAGCCAUCACCAUGUGGUCCUAAUUCUCAGUGUCGCGAAGUAAAUCAACAACCGGUUUGUUCAUGUCUCCCAGAUUAUAUAGGCUCUCCACCUGCUUGUAGGCCAGAGUGUACCUCCAGUUCAGAAUGUCCAUCGGACAAGGCUUGCAUAAAUCGUAAAUGUGCCGAUCCUUGUCCUGGUGUGUGUGGUCAAAAUGCCGUAUGCAAUGUACGAAAUCAUAGUCCCAUUUGUUCGUGUAGCAACGGCUUUACGGGAGAUGCUUUCUUACGUUGUUAUCGCAUACCACCGCGACAAUCCGAACCGGUUGUACAACAACCGCCCAGAGAUCCUUGUGUACCCUCACCAUGCGGACCCAAUUCACAAUGCCGUAAUGUGGGUGGUACACCAUCCUGCUCCUGUCUGCCAAACUUUUUGGGCUCACCACCACAAUGUCGACCCGAAUGCACAAUCAAUUCGGAAUGUGGAUCCGCUCAAGCUUGUAUUAAUGAAAAAUGUCGAGAUCCAUGUCCGGGAUCUUGCGGAAGUAAUACCGUUUGCUUUGUGCGAAGUCAUACACCGAUUUGUUCGUGUCAGCCCGGCUAUACCGGAGAUCCAUUUAGUGUUUGUAAUCCCAUACCACCAGCUCCAACUGAAAUUGUACCAGCCGAUGAUCCCUGCAAUCCUUCACCAUGCGGUGCAAAUGCCCAAUGUCGUGAUGGACAAUGUUCAUGCCUGCCAGAAUAUCAUGGUGAUCCCUACACUGGAUGCAGACCUGAAUGUGUUCUGCAUACAGACUGUGCCCGUGAUAGGGCUUGUGUCCGUCAUAAAUGUGUUGAUCCUUGCCCUGGCACUUGUGCCUCAAAUGCCAUAUGCGAAGUGGUAAACCACAUACCCAACUGUAGGUGUCCAGAGGGUAUGCAGGGUAAUGCCUUCACCUUCUGUUCGCCCAUACCAAACAUCCCAUCGAAUCCUUGUCAACCAUCACCCUGCGGUCCCAAUUCUCAAUGCCGUGAAAUCAAUGGUCAAGCUGUUUGCUCCUGCAUUGAAGGAUUUAUGGGUAGUCCACCGUUAUGCCGACCUGAAUGUACCACAAAUUCGGAAUGUCCUCUUAACCAGGCAUGCUUGAAUCAAAAGUGUUCUGAUCCAUGUCCCGGAGUUUGCGGUCGUAAUGCCUUGUGCCACGUUAGCAAUCACAGUCCCUACUGUAGAUGUCCAGAUCGUUAUGAUGGCAAUCCAUUUGUAAGUUGCCAACCGAUACGAGAGCAAGACACACCACCGGCACCAACUCAGCCUUGCCAACCCUCACCUUGUGGUCCCUAUUCACAAUGCCGUGAAGUAGGUGAUACACCAUCAUGUACCUGUCUUCCAGAUUAUGUUGGCGCUCCGCCAAACUGUCGUCCAGAAUGUGUUACCAGUUCAGAAUGUCCUUCGAAUCAAGCUUGUAUUAAUCAAAAAUGUAAAGAUCCCUGUCCAGGAUUGUGCGGCAGUGGUGCCGAAUGUAGAGUGGUAUCACAUACACCAAGUUGCUAUUGUCCACCAGAAUUCGAAGGAGAUCCAUUUGUUCAGUGUAUUAGAAAGCAAGUGGUACCACAAUUGGAUCAAGUGGAUCCUUGUAAUCCCAGUCCUUGUGGUCCCAAUGCUCGCUGUACUCAACGUAAUGGUGCCGGUUCAUGUCAAUGUCUGCCCGAUUACUUUGGUAAUCCCUAUGAAGGUUGUCGUCCCGAAUGUGUUUUAGAUUCGGAUUGUGCCAGUAACUUGGCUUGUCAAAAUAUGAAAUGUCGUGACCCUUGCCCUGGUACAUGUGGUCAGAAUGCCAUUUGUAAUGUAUUGAAUCAUCGUCCGAAUUGUGUUUGUAUACCCGGUUACUCGGGAGAUCCAUACCGCCAAUGUUUGCAAGAAAAACAACCCCUCAAAGAAUAUGUCAACCCAUGCCAACCCUCACCUUGUGGUCCAAAUUCGCAGUGCCGCGAAAUCAAUGAGCAACCCGUUUGCUCUUGCUUGCCGGAAUAUACAGGAAGUCCACCAUUGUGUAGGCCUGAAUGUACCAUGUCCUCGGAAUGUGCCUAUGACAAGGCAUGUGUUAAUCAAAAAUGUGUCGAUCCUUGCCCGGGAACCUGUGGCACCAAUGCCCUUUGCAAGGUCAUCAACCACAGUCCUCUGUGCUCAUGUAGGGCUGGUUUUACUGGCGAUCCAUUCUUUAUUUGCCGACCAAUACCUCCUGAACCUGUACAAGAAGUACAAAAAACUCCCGCCGACCCUUGCUUCCCAUCGCCCUGCGGUCCCAAUUCGGUGUGCCGCAACGUAGGAGAUUCACCGGCCUGUUCCUGUCUACCCAAUUAUAUUGGAGCUCCGCCACAAUGCCGUCCAGAAUGUGUUGUCAAUUCCGAUUGUCCCAGCAGUGAGGCUUGCAUUAAUGAGAAAUGUCGCAAUCCUUGUGUGGGUGCCUGUGGUCUUGGUGCUCUGUGUGAGGUUAAUAAUCAUACACCAAACUGUAGAUGUCCUGCGGGUUAUACCGGUGAUCCUUUCAGCGUGUGUAGCCCUGCCCCGCCACCACCACCAACACCCACCGUUAAAGAUGAUCCUUGCAAUCCCUCACCCUGUGGUCCCAAUGCCCGCUGUGAUGAUGGUGUCUGCACUUGCCUACCCGAGUAUCAAGGAGAUCCCUAUAGUGGAUGUCGCCCUGAAUGUGUUUUAAAUUCCGAUUGUUCUCGUGACUUGGCAUGUAUACAAAAUAAAUGUCGCGAUCCAUGUCCGGGUACAUGUGCCACAAAUGCCCUAUGCCAGGUCAUCAAUCACAUUCCAAUGUGUUCAUGUCCUGAAGGCAUGACUGGCAAUGCUUUUGUUCUCUGCUCUCCAGUGCCAACUCGCGUUCAAACGAAUCCUUGUCAACCAUCUCCAUGUGGUCCGAACUCACAAUGUCGUGUUGUCAAUUCUCAGGCUGUUUGUUCGUGUCUGCCUUCGUUCUUGGGAACACCACCAGCCUGUCGUCCGGAAUGUACUGCAAAUCAAGAAUGUCCUGCCAAUAUGGCUUGUGUUAAUCAAAAAUGUGUGGAUCCUUGUCCUGGAGCAUGUGGCCGUAAUGCCCAAUGUUCGGUGGUGAAUCACAGCCCAUAUUGUACCUGCGUGGCCGGUUAUACAGGAAAUCCAUUUGUGGCUUGUCAACAAAUUAUAGAACCAAUUAGAGAGGAUCCUGUACCACAAGAUCCAUGCCGCCCGUCACCAUGUGGACCCAAUUCCGAAUGCCGUGUUGUGGGAGAAACACCAUCAUGCACAUGCUUGGAAGGAUUUGUGGGCUCAGCUCCCUAUUGUCGACCAGAAUGUAUCUCCAACUCGGAAUGUCCCAGCACACAGGCUUGUAUCAAUCAGAAAUGUAAAGAUCCCUGUGUAGGAUUAUGCGGAGCCUCGGCCCAAUGUCGUGUUGUAUCUCACACUCCUAUGUGUACGUGUGCCGAAGGUUUUACAGGAGAUCCAUUUACGCUGUGCACACCAAUACCGGUACAAAUACGCGAUGAACCAGUAAGGCCAUGCGAUCCAUCGCCAUGUGGUGCAAAUGCUCAGUGCUUGGAACGAAAUGGUGCUGGAGCAUGUCAAUGUUUGCCGGAAUACUUUGGAAAUCCCUAUGAAGGUUGUCGUCCGGAAUGUGUACUCAACUCGGAUUGCCCCACCAACCGGGCUUGUCAAAAUCAGAAGUGCCGUGAUCCCUGCCCUGGAACAUGCGGCAGUAAUGCGGAAUGUUCUGUACUCAAUCAUGCGCCAAUAUGUAAUUGUCUUGCAGGCUUUACGGGAGAUCCGUAUAGUUAUUGUGUCAAACCUCAAGAACCCAUACGCCAUGAAUAUAUCAAUCCAUGUCAACCAUCACCAUGUGGUCCCAACUCUCAAUGCCGUGUCAUCAAUGAGCAGGCUGUGUGCUCAUGCCUGGCAGAUUUUGUCGGUGUGGCACCAGACUGUCGACCCGAAUGUACAGCCAAUUCCGAGUGUCCUAUGGAUAAGGCUUGCAUUAAGCGUAAGUGUUCCGACCCUUGCCCUGGUGUAUGCGGCCUAAAUGCCGAUUGUCGUGUUCGAAAUCACAGUCCCUUGUGUAGCUGUCGCCCCGGUAUGACGGGCGACGCCUUUGUGCGUUGCUCUCCCGAACCAUCCAUCCGACCACCAAUUAAGGAUGUACAAAUUUAUCGUGAUCCCUGUGUGCCCUCACCCUGUGGUCCUUAUUCACAGUGCCGUAAUCAAAAUAAUCAAGCCUCUUGUUCUUGCUUAGAAAAUUAUAUAGGCUCCCCACCCAACUGUAGACCUGAGUGUAGCAUUAACGCGGAUUGUGCCUCUAAUCAGGCGUGUAUAAAUGAAAAAUGUCGUGAUCCCUGUGUAGGGGCCUGUGGUUUGAACACCGAAUGUUCGGUUAUGAAUCACAUACCCUCAUGCAGAUGUCAAAUAGGUUUUGUUGGUGACGCCUUUGUGGCAUGUAGACCUGAACCACCACCACCAGUGUUAAUUAAGGAUGCCCCGCGAGAUCCAUGUUAUCCCAACCCGUGUGGUUCGAAUGCCAUAUGUUCGGGUGAUGGUGUCUGUACUUGUUUAGCGGACUAUCAAGGUGAUCCGUACCGUGCCUGUAAGCCUGAGUGUGUUCUUAAUUCAGAAUGUCCAUCGAAUCGUGCUUGUAUAAACCAAAAAUGCCGUGAUCCUUGUCCGGGAACAUGUGCUCCUAAUGCCUUGUGUGAGGUUCAUAAUCAUGUACCUAUGUGCCACUGCCCCGAAGACAUGACGGGUAAUGCUUUUGUUUUCUGUCAACCGAUACAAAAAACUGAAAUAUAUCGCAAUCCCUGUCAACCCUCACCCUGUGGUCCAAAUUCUCAAUGCCGCGAAGUUAAUUCACAGGCUGUGUGCUCUUGUCUGCCCAAUUAUUUGGGUUCACCACCUAGUUGCCGUCCCGAAUGUGUUACCAAUUCGGAAUGUCCCGCAAAUUUGGCAUGUCAAAAUCAAAAGUGUGUAGAUCCCUGCCCUGGAACUUGUGGACGUUUUGCCCAAUGUAAUGUGGUCAAUCAUAGUCCAAUCUGCGCCUGUCUAGAGGGUUAUACUGGCAAUCCGUUUGUCCAGUGUCAACGAAUUAUUGAACCUCAACGUGAUGUGGAACCCGCCAAUCCUUGUCAACCAUCUCCAUGUGGCCCCAACAGCGCCUGUCGAGCUGUGGGUUCCUCACCCGCCUGCUCAUGUCUCAGCGACUUUGUGGGACAACCACCAAAUUGCCGACCCGAAUGUGUAACCAACUCGGAAUGUCCCAACACUCAAGUGUGUCAAAAUCAAAAAUGUCAAGAUCCAUGCCCAGGAUUGUGUGGUCAAAAUGCUCUCUGUCGUGUCAUAAGCCAUACACCCAUGUGUUAUUGUGAAACCGGUUAUAUGGGCGAUCCGUUUGUUUUGUGUUCACCCAUACCUCAGAGGCAAGAAAUUGAAACGGUAGAUCCCUGCAAUCCUUCACCAUGUGGGGCAAAUACUGUCUGUUUACAACAAAACGGUGUUGGUUCCUGUCAAUGUCUUCCCGAGUACUUUGGUAAUCCCUAUGAAGGAUGCCGACCAGAAUGUGUUGUCAAUUCGGAUUGUGCAUCAAAUAGAGCUUGUGUUAAUCAGAAAUGUGUUGAUCCUUGUCCCGGCACUUGCGGUCAAAAUGCUGAAUGUUUUGUACGCAACCAUUUGGCCACCUGUAAUUGUAUAUAUGGCUAUCAAGGCGAUCCGUAUCGUUAUUGCAGUAAAGAAGAAAAACCCAUUCUCAAGGAAUAUGUAAAUCCUUGCCAACCCUCACCAUGUGGUCCCAAUUCUCAGUGUCGCGUUGCAAAUGAACAAGCUGUCUGCUCUUGCCUUCCCGAGUUUGUUGGCACACCUCCCACAUGCCGUCCCGAAUGUACCUCCAGUUCAGAAUGUCCCAGCAACAAGGCUUGCAUUAAUCAAAAAUGUCAAGACCCUUGUCCGGGCGUCUGUGGCCAACAGGCUAUCUGUAAUGUUCGCAAUCACGUACCAUUGUGUUCGUGUCAACCUGGUUACACGGGUGAUCCAUUUACUCGUUGUUAUCCCAUACCACCUCCACCACCUGUAAGGCAAAAAGAACCUAUUCGUGAUCCUUGUGUACCCUCACCUUGUGGCCUCAAUGCACAGUGUCGUAAUGUUAAUGGCCAGGCCUCAUGCUCUUGUCUGCCCCAAUUUUUGGGAGCUCCACCAAAUUGCCGACCCGAAUGUACCACAAACAGUGAAUGUCCUCUGAAUAAGGCCUGCAUAAACAUGCAUUGCCUCGAUCCCUGUCCAGGCUCGUGUGCCUACAAUGCUUUGUGUACAGUACAAAAUCAUAUACCAUCAUGUUAUUGUUCACAAGGAUAUGUGGGAGAUCCAUUUACCAGCUGUCAACAGGCACCGCCACCCAAACCCGUGCAAGCGGAGGAUCCUUGCAAUCCCUCACCCUGUGGUUCAAAUGCUCAGUGUUCAAAUGGUCAAUGCUCUUGCUUACCCGAAUAUCAUGGCGAUCCAUAUGUGGCCUGCCGUCCCGAGUGUGUUCUCAACACUGAAUGUCCUUCGAACCGGGCUUGUAUCAAUCAAAAAUGUGUUGACCCUUGCCCGGGUACCUGUGCCAGUAAUGCUCUCUGUGAUGUAUACAAUCAUGUACCCAUGUGUCGUUGUCCCGAUGGUAUGACGGGUAAUGCUUUCGUGUUGUGUGAAAUAGAACGUGAACCAGUCAGACUUCAAGAUCCUUGCCAGCCUUCACCUUGUGGACCCAACAGUCGUUGUAGAGUUAAUCAAAACACUGCCAUCUGUUCGUGUAUUGAAAAUUAUAUAGGCAAUCCACCAUCUUGUAGACCUGAGUGUACCAUCAAUUCUGAUUGUCCACCUCAGCAGGCUUGUCAAAAUCAAAAAUGUGUAGAUCCAUGUCCUGGUUCUUGUGGCCUGAAUGCUUUGUGUCAUGUCGUCAAUCAUGCUCCAAUUUGUGUAUGUCCGACACGUUAUUCCGGCAACCCAUUCCUGAACUGCCAGCCUAUCAUUGAAAAACCCGUGAAGUUAAUGGAUAAACCAAAUCCUUGUAUACCCUCACCAUGUGGUCCCAACUCGGAAUGCCGGGUCGUGGGAGAUUCGCCAUCAUGCAGUUGUUUAGCCACCUUUAUAGGAUCACCACCAAACUGUCGUCCAGAAUGUAUUGCAAAUUCGGAUUGUCACUCGAAUCGGGCUUGUAUUAAUCAAAAAUGUCAAGAUCCCUGUCCAGGAGUGUGCGGUGUGAAUGCCUUGUGUUCGGUGAUUUCACAUACAGCUAUGUGUACUUGUGCUCCUGGCUACAGUGGAGAUCCAUUUACAGGCUGUUCGAUACCCCCGGUACAGAUUGCGGAUACAAUUUCACCAUGUGUGCCAAAUCCAUGUGGUGCAAAUGCCAUUUGUCGUCAGGAAAAUAAUGCCGGUUCAUGUCAAUGUCUAUCGAAUUACUUUGGUAAUCCCUAUGAAGGGUGUCGUCCCGAAUGUGUUGCCAAUUCAGAUUGUGCCGCCAACAAGGCUUGCGUGAAUCAAAAAUGUGUUGAUCCUUGUCCCGGCGUUUGUGGUCUUAAUGCCUUGUGUAAUGGGGUCAAUCAUUUGCCAACAUGUCAGUGUAUUCCUGAAUUUGUUGGCGAUCCUUAUCAGAGUUGUCAAUUACCAGCUAAACCCAUUCUAAAAGAAUAUGUAAACCCCUGUCAACCGUCACCCUGUGGUCCGAACUCUCAGUGUCGCGAAAUAAAUCAACAAGCUGUAUGCUCUUGCCUACCCGACUACAUUGGUACACCACCCAGUUGUCGUCCAGAAUGCACCACAAAUUCAGAAUGUAGCUAUGACAAGGCUUGUGUCCAGCGUAAAUGUGUAGACCCUUGCCCCGGUUCUUGUGGCACCAAUGCCAAUUGUCGUGUUGUCAGUCAUUCGCCAAUAUGUUCAUGCCAACCUGGUUAUACGGGAGAUGCCUUUACACGUUGCUAUCCCAUACCACCUAGUAAGAAUUUUUAAAGAAAUCUGAAAAUAGAUGUUUCCCUGAAUCCAUGUCUACCAUCACCAUGUGGUCAAUAUUCUCAAUGUCGCGAUGUAGGAGGUGCUCCCUCGUGUUCGUGCUUACCCGAAUAUGUGGGAUCUCCACCAAAUUGUCGACCAGAAUGUACCAUCAAUUCUGAUUGUCCCAGCUCUUUGGCAUGUAUUAAUCAGAAAUGUCGCGAUCCUUGUCCCGGGGCAUGUGGCUUUAAUGCCGAUUGCCAUGUUAUCAAUCACACACCGACAUGUCAAUGCCGACCAGGUUUAGUGGGAGAUCCAUUUGUCAAUUGCCGUCAAGCCCCUGUGGAACCUCAACGCAGUCCCAGUGAACCUCAAGAUCCAUGUGUUCCUUCACCGUGUGGAAUAAAUGCCAUUUGCCGUGACGGUAAAUGUUCUUGCCCACCGGAAUAUCAAGGAAAUCCCUUCGUACGCUGUCAACCUGAAUGUAUUCUGAACUCCGACUGUCCUUCGAAUCGUGCCUGCAUCCAACAGAAAUGUAGAGAUCCCUGCCCGGGAACAUGUGCCUCCAAUGCAAUUUGUGAGGCACAUCAACAUGUGGCAAUGUGUCACUGUCCAGAGGGUAUGACAGGAAAUGCUUUCUCACAAUGCAUACCCCUGCCACCGGUUCGAGAUAGCCAACCAUGUCAACCAUCCCCCUGUGGUCCAAAUUCACAAUGUCGUGUCCUUAAUGAUCAGGCCGUGUGCUCUUGUUUGCCUGACUACAUAGGAGCUCCACCAUCCUGUAGACCUGAGUGUAGUAACAACAAUGAAUGUCCCCUGAACAGGGCUUGUCUGCAACAAAAAUGCCGAGAUCCUUGUCCCGGUUCGUGUGGAGCAAAUACCGAAUGUUCAGUACACAAUCACAGUCCCAUUUGUCGCUGUCUUAAUGGAUAUAAUGGUAAUCCUUUCGUAGGAUGUGAACGCAUUCGAGUCGUGCCACAAUUAGACAGCCCCUCAAAACCAAAGGAUCCAUGCCGUCCCUCACCAUGUGGUCCCAAUUCUGAAUGUCGGUCAAUAAAUGGAAAUCCUUCGUGUUCUUGCCUGAAAGAUUUCAUUGGAUCACCACCAAAUUGUCGACCAGAAUGUGUAACAAAUUCGCAAUGCCCAUCAAAUCAGGCUUGCAUUAAUCAACAUUGCCGCGAUCCUUGCCCUGGAGUGUGUGGUUCCAAUGCCCAAUGCCGUGUUGUUAAUCACACACCAAUGUGUUAUUGUGAAACUGGUUUCACAGGAGAUCCAUUUACGCUCUGCUCUCAACUGAGAGAUGUUAGUCCACCGGAAAUUGUCAGACCUUGUGAACCAAAUCCAUGUGGUGCCAAUGCUGAAUGUCUGGAACGUAACGGCGUUGGAGCUUGUAAAUGUCUGCCCGAAUACUUUGGUAAUCCCUAUGAAGGCUGUCGUCCUGAAUGUGUAAUCAAUUCCGAUUGUCCAGCACAUUUGGCCUGUGUGCAGAAUAAAUGUAAAGAUCCUUGCCCCGGAACUUGUGGUCGUAAUGCCAACUGUUUGGUGCGCAAUCAUUUGCCCACAUGUAAUUGUCUUGCUGGUUAUACUGGUGAUCCAUACCUCUACUGUAAUCUGCUGCCAGAACCAAUCUACGAUGUCAUUACCAAUCCUUGUCAACCUUCACCCUGUGGUCCCAAUUCUCAAUGUCGUGAGGUACAAAAUCAAGCGGUAUGCUCGUGUUUGCCCACGUUUGUGGGACAACCACCAGCCUGUCGUCCUGAGUGUACCCUGUCUAGUGAAUGUGCCUUUGAUAAGGCUUGUGUAAAUCAAAAAUGUGUAGAUCCAUGUCCGGGAACAUGUGGCCUUAAUGCCGAGUGUCGUGUACGUAUUCAUAGUCCAUUGUGUUCGUGUAGGCCAGGUUUUACAGGCGAUGCAUUUGUGCGUUGUCUCCCCAUACCACCAAAACGUAAGAGUGAACAUUAUAAAAUUUCCUUGGGUUUAUUAACCCUCCCUUUAAAUAUAGCAUCAAGUCCGAUAAUUCUCAAGGAUGUAAGACGUGAUCCCUGUAUACCCUCGCCAUGCGGUUUGAAUGCCCAAUGUCGUGUUGUUAAUGAACAAGCCUCAUGUUCGUGUCUCAAUAAUUACUUUGGUUCACCACCCAAUUGCCGACCCGAAUGUACCAUCAAUGCUGAUUGUCCCGCAAAUUUGGCUUGUAUAAAUGAGAAAUGUCGCGAUCCAUGCCCAGGCUCAUGUGGGCUUUCAGCUUUGUGCUCAGUUGUUGCACAUACUCCCAUGUGUUCAUGUCCCACGGGUUACAUUGGUGAUCCAUUUACAGCCUGUACCCCGAAACCCAUACAGCAGGAACCAAGUACCAAAGAUCUGUGUAAUCCCUCGCCGUGUGGUCCCAAUGCUCGUUGUGACAAUGGCCAAUGUACUUGCCUGCCCGAAUUCCAGGGCAACCCUUAUGUCGGCUGUCGUCCCGAAUGUGUGUUGAAUACAGAUUGUAGUCGCGAUAAGGCUUGUAUACGCCAAAAGUGUCAGGACCCAUGUCCUGGUACAUGUGGCAUUGGCGCCCAAUGUGAUGUUAUCAAUCAUGUGCCCAUGUGCAGUUGUCCCGCUCAAAUGACUGGCAAUGCCUUUGUCCAAUGUCAAAACAUUGAAAGUAUGUUUAAUAAACGAAUGUCCGAAAUUAUUAGUCCUACAAUACUUUUUAAAAUUUUAGCUCCUGUUGUCGAACAACCUGAACAUCCAUGUCAACCAAGUCCCUGUGGUCCGAAUUCCCAGUGUCGUGAAUUUAAUAAUCAAGCUGUGUGUUCUUGUCUGCCAAACUUUUUGGGAACACCACCCUAUUGUAGGCCAGAGUGUACAAUAAAUUCGGAUUGUGCUCCCAAUAUGGCUUGUGUUAAUCAAAAAUGUCAGGAUCCUUGUCCGGGAUCUUGUGGUCUACGUGCCGAGUGUCAAGUUGUAAAUCACAUACCACAUUGUAAAUGUCCCCCGGGUUAUACAGGUAAUGCAUUUGUCAUGUGCCAGUUGUUACCACCGCCGCCACCAGUGAAGAUCCAAGAGGAACCUGCAAAUCCUUGUAUACCCUCUCCCUGUGGCCCCAAUUCCGAAUGUCGUGUGGAAAGAGGCUCAGCAUCCUGUUCAUGUUUGGAAAAUUACAUCGGAGCUCCACCCAAUUGCAGACCUGAGUGUAUCAGUUCCUCAGAGUGUCCCAGCAAUUUGGCCUGCAUCAAUAUGCGUUGUCGCGAUCCUUGUCCCGGUGUGUGUGGUGAAUCUGCCAUAUGCCAGGUUGUUAGCCACAUUCCAUCCUGUCUUUGUGUCAAUGGCUAUGUUGGAGAUCCAUUUACUCGCUGUGAGCCACCGCCUCAAAUUGAACGUGACCAUGUAACACCUUGCUCACCGAGCCCAUGUGGCAGUAAUGCCAUAUGUCGUGAACAAAACGGAGCCGGUUCCUGUCAAUGUCUUCCCGACUACUUUGGCAACCCCUACGAAGGCUGUCGCCCCGAAUGUGUCUUGGAUUCGGAUUGUCCUGCCAAUAAUGCUUGUCAGAACAACAAAUGCCGUGAUCCUUGUCCCGGUGUUUGUGGACAAAAUGCCCAAUGUGAUGUCAUCAAUCAUCGUCCCACCUGUUCCUGUUACCAGGGUUACUCCGGUGAUCCUUACAGCUAUUGUAAUCUGAUUAGAGAACCCAAACCUCCAGUGUAUGUGAACCCCUGCGAUCCAUCACCCUGCGGUGCCAAUGCCCAAUGCCGUGAAGUUAACGGUCAAGCUGUUUGCUCUUGCCUACCCGAUUUUAUGGGAUCACCACCAGCCUGCCGUCCAGAAUGUGUUGUCAGUUCGGAAUGUCCCUCGGACAAGGCUUGUAUUAAUCAGAAAUGUAAGGAUCCCUGCCCAGGAGUUUGUGGCCAAAAUGCAGAGUGUCAUGUACGCAGUCAUAGCCCAUUGUGUUCGUGCAGACCCGGCUUUACUGGAGAUGCUUUUACGCGUUGCUUGCCCAUACCAGCAGCCAAGGAUAAUGAACCAAUACCGCCACCAGUUAACCCAUGUUUGCCCUCACCUUGCGGUCCUUACUCUCAAUGUCGAGAAGUCAAUGGUGUGGCCUCAUGCAGUUGUCUACCCAAUUAUAUUGGUUCGGCACCCAAUUGCCGCCCUGAGUGUACCAUUAAUGCGGAAUGUGCCAGCAAUCAGGCUUGUAUCAAUGAAAAAUGUCGCGAUCCAUGUCCAGGCUCUUGUGGUUUUGAUGCUUUGUGUAAUGUCAUCAAUCAUACACCAAGCUGUUCUUGUCCCGCCGGUUAUACCGGAGAUCCAUUUACCAGCUGUAGACAAUUGCCACCUCCACCACCACCAAGACCAAGAGACCCCGUUGAUCCCUGCAAUCCAUCACCAUGCGGUUCCAACUCCGUGUGUCAAAAUGGCAAAUGCUCUUGCCUGCCAGAAUAUCAUGGCGAUCCUUAUGUUGGCUGUCGUCCCGAAUGUGUAUUGAAUUCCGAUUGUGCACGUAACCGUGCCUGCGUUCGCAAUAAAUGUGUCGAUCCUUGUCCGGGAACUUGUGGCCAGAAUGCUCUGUGUGAUGUCAUCAAUCACAUUGCCAUGUGUCGCUGUCCUGAGCGGAUGACUGGUAAUGCCUUCGUGGCCUGUGAAGCAGUACGUGAGGAACCACCAAAGAAUCCAUGCCAGCCAUCACCUUGUGGCCCCAAUUCUCAGUGUGUGGAACGUAAUGGUAAUGCAGUAUGUUCUUGUAUCACCGGUUACUUAGGUAAUCCACCAAACUGCCGCUUGGAAUGUUACACCAGUUCGGAUUGUUCGCCGAUACAUUCGUGUAUCAACAACAAAUGUGUAGAUCCUUGCCCAGGCAAGUGUGGUCUUAAUGCUGAAUGUCAAGCCGUACAACAUAGGGCCCACUGUGAAUGUUUGCGUGGCUAUGAGGGAAAUCCUUAUUCAGUUUGUAAUCGUAUAGAAAUACGUCGUGAUCCUCCAGAAACACCCAAGGAUCCUUGUUAUCCGUCACCAUGUGGCCCCAAUGCCCAGUGCUUGGCUGUCAACGGCAAAGCUCAGUGUUCAUGCUUGGCCGAAUAUAUUGGUAACCCACCAAACUGCCGUCCCGAAUGUAGUAACAACGAUGAUUGUCCCAACAAUUUGGCCUGUAUCAAUCAGAAAUGUCGCGAUCCUUGUCCUGGUUCAUGUGGUUUCAAUGCCAAUUGCAUUGUCACCCUACACAUGGCCAAUUGUUAUUGUCCCACAGGCAUGACCGGUGAUCCAUUCCGCAUGUGUUACGAGCGUAAAGAAAUUUUACCACCCCAACGUGAGGAACCCAAGAAUCCUUGCCGUCCCUCACCUUGCGGCAGCAAUGCUGAAUGUCGCAUACGUGGUGAUGGUUUCACUUGUGAAUGUGUCCGCGACUAUAUUGGCAACCCCUACGAAGGCUGUCGUCCUGAAUGCGUUGGCAACUCGGAAUGCCCGGCCAAUCGUGCCUGUAUACACCAGAAAUGUGCCGAUCCCUGCCCUGGAACCUGUGGUGUUGAGGCUGUUUGCACGAUUAACAAUCACAUACCAAUAUGCUCAUGUCCCAACGGCUACACUGGCAAUGCCUUUGUCCAAUGUUCGCCAAUUGUGGUGCAAGAAAUCCCGGUCGAAAAACAAACAGACCCAUGCUAUCCAACACCUUGUGGCCAGAAUACAAUUUGCCGUACGCAAGGUAAACAGGCUGUGUGUGAAUGUCUGCCAGGCUUCUUUGGAAAUCCCUAUGGCCCUGAAUGUAGACCCGAAUGUACACUCAGCUCCGAUUGUGCCAAGAAUAAGGCAUGUGUUAACAACAAGUGCGUGGAUCCUUGCCCUGGUGUCUGUGGUUAUGGAGCUGUCUGUCAGACCGUGAAUCACAAUCCCAUCUGUUCAUGUCCCUCAUCAAUGGUUGGUAAUCCAUUCGUUGAAUGUCACGAAGCACCCAAACAAUUGGACCCCUGCAAUCCAUCACCUUGCCGUACAAAUGGUGUAUGCCGUGUCCGUAAUAAUGUUGCCACCUGUUCCUAUCCCGAAUGUGUGGUAAAUGAAGAUUGUUCACGUGAUCGAACCUGUGUCAAUCAGAAAUGUCGCGAUCCUUGCAUCAAUGCCUGUGGCCUUAAUGCCAUUUGUACCAGUGUCAAUCAUAAGGCGGUGUGUACAUGUCCUCCCGGCUUCUAUGGUUCACCAUACAACAGUUGUAUGCAACAAAUGGAUGUUGUACCAGUACCGAAACCAGAAUGUGUUUCGGAUAACGAUUGCAGCAACGACAAGGCCUGUGUGAAUCAGCAGUGCAAGAAUCCUUGUGAACUGGAUAAUAUUUGUGGUCUAAAUGCCCGUUGCCAUGUCCAACGCCACAGGCCAUUGUGUGUCUGCAAUGAAGGCUACACCGGAAAUGCUUUGAAUAAUUGCUAUUUGAUUGGCUGCCGUUCCGAUGAGGAAUGUCCCGCCACUGAGGCUUGCAUCAAUAAGCAAUGUACCGAUCCAUGCCUGUACACACAAUGUGGAUCCCAAGCCAUCUGCCGUUCCGAUUAUAAUCACAAGGCUAGAUGCCAUUGUCCCGAUGGUUAUCGCGGUAAUCCUUUGGUGCGUUGCGAGAGACCUGAAUGUACUCGUGAUGAUGAUUGUGCCUUCAAUUUGGCCUGCCGCAAUGAACGUUGUGAAGAUCCAUGCAACUGUGGCCUCAAUGCUCAAUGUCGUGUCAAUAAUCACCAGGCUCAAUGUAGAUGUCCCCCCGGUUAUGUGGGUAAUCCCGCGGUACGCUGUGACAUUGAAGAAGCUAAGGUCGCACCUCAAUGUACCAUGGAUUCGGAUUGUAGCAGUAAGUUGGCAUGCUUCUCCGGCGAAUGUAAGAAUCCUUGCAUUGUAACGCAGCCAUGUGGAGCCAAUGCUAAAUGCUCUGUGGUGGAUACUUUGCCAUUGCGUACCAUGAUCUGUGAAUGUGAACCUGGUUAUGUGGGUGAUGCUGAUGUUGGUUGUCGUAAGGAACCUGUACGCGAUCAAGGUUGCCAAUCGAAUGAGGAAUGCCCCUCUACGGAGGCCUGCCGCAAUGGUAAUUGUGUUAAUCCUUGUAUUGAUUCCUCACCUUGUGCCCGUAGCGCCGAAUGUUUGGCCCAACAACACAGAGCCAUCUGUACCUGUCCCCAGGGAACCCAGGGUGAUCCGUUCGUUAAUUGCUAUCAACCACCUCAAAUCACCGCCGGUUGCACCCAUGACUCUGAAUGCCCACCCACGGCUGCCUGCAUCAACAAACGUUGUCAAGAUCCUUGUGCCGAGGGUAAUCCAUGUGCCGGCAAUGCUGAAUGUCGGGUACUCAACAAUCGUCCAAUCUGCUCCUGUCCUUCAGGAUGGGGAGGUGAUCCACAAAUUCAAUGUUUCAAACCUGAAUGUAAAAUCAAUGCCGACUGUCCUUACGACAAAUCGUGUAUCAAUGAAAAUUGUGUCAAUCCUUGUACCUAUGGCAAUGUACGCUGUGGCACCAAUGCUCAGUGUGAACCACAAAAUCAUCAAGCCGUUUGUGUCUGUCCCGCCGGUACCCAGGGUAAUCCAUUUGUGUCCUGUAUCACUGGUCAUUGUCAAUACAACGAAGAUUGUGCCGACCAUGAGGCUUGCGAUCGUUUGAAUCGUGUUUGCCGUCCCGUCUGUGAUGAGGAUACUUGUGCUGUGAAUGCCAUUUGCUUGGCCAGGCAACAUCAACCAAUGUGUCAAUGUCCAGCUGGCUAUACCGGAGAUCCAUACCAACAAUGUCUAAUGCCCAAACAACCACCGGCAACUAAACCCAAACCGGAAUGUACCCAGGAUGCUGAUUGUCCAUCACAACUGGCUUGCAUUAAUCAGAGAUGUGCCAAUCCUUGUGCUGCUCCACAUGUCUGUACACCUCGACAAACUUGCACAGUUUUGGACACCUUGCCACUGCGUACCAUGAUUUGCAAGUGCCCAAGUGACACGAUAACCGAUAAUUCUGGCAAUUGUGUACCCAUUAAACACGAUGUCAUUGUGGGUUGUCAACACAAUGAUGAAUGUGCCAAUACGGAAGUCUGCCAGAGAGGAAACUGCAUUAAUGCUUGUCGUCUGGAACGUUGUGGUGUCAAUGCCCAAUGUUUGGCUCGAGAUCAUUAUGCCCAAUGUACCUGUCCUAAGGGUUAUGAAGGCAAUCCAAGAGUUGAAUGUCGCGGUGUUGUUUAUGAACAACCCAAGACACCAGCCGAAUGUACCACCAAUGAUGAUUGUCCACAUGAUAAGACCUGUCGCAAUGAGCGUUGUGUUAACCCCUGCGUUGAAGAGCCAUGUGGUCAAGGUGCCUAUUGUCAUGUUCAAAAUCGCCAGGCCAUUUGCCGCUGUCCUCCGGGAUAUAGCGGAGAACCCAAACAAGGAUGUGUACCACCGCGCGAUGUCAUCACAGUCGGCUGUAAAUCGAACAGUGACUGUCAACUCACCGAAUCCUGUGUCAAUGAACAGUGUGUUAACCCUUGCAAUUGUGGACCCAAUACCGAGUGUCAAGUACGCAAUCAUCAUCCUAUUUGCUAUUGCAAACCUGGCUUCUCGGGCAAUGCCCAAUAUGGCUGUGUCCAAAUCGGUUGCCAAUCGGAUGAUGAAUGCUCUGCGGAUCAACAAUGUGUUAAUCGUGAAUGUGUCAAUCCUUGUCUGAUCAGUGACCCCUGUGCCUUGAAUGCCGAAUGCUUUGGCCGCAAUCAUCGUGCCACAUGCCGUUGCCCAGCUGGCAUGCAGGGUGAUCCAUUUGUCCGUUGUAUUCGCGUGGAAUGUAAUUCCGAUUAUGACUGUGCUUCUAAUCAAGCUUGUGUCCAGAAUUUGUGUAUCAAUCCUUGUCGCGAUCAAAGCAACCCAUGUGCACAGAAUGCCAUCUGUCAGGCUUUGCAACAUCGUGCCGUCUGUAGAUGUCCAGACAAUAUGCCAUUGGGUAACCCCUAUGCUUAUUGUGAGAGCAGACCUCAAGAGCCUGUAUGCCGAGAUGAUGGUGAUUGUCCAAGUGGUUUGGCUUGUAUCGACGUGAAGUGUCAAAAUCCUUGUACCGAACUUUCGCCAUGUGCCGCCUCGGCCCAAUGUAGUGUUUUGGACAGUGUCCCAGUUCGUACCAUGGUUUGUGAAUGCCCAGCUUCGUAUGUACCCGACUCUCGAGGUGAAUGUAAACAAUUGGUACUGCAAACUCCAUCUGGCUGUUCCUCGGAUUCUGAUUGUUCCGACCAAGAGGCUUGUAUCAAUCGUCAAUGUCGCAACCCAUGUAAUUGUGGUACCAAUGCCCUAUGCCAAGUCAGCAACCAUCGUGCCAUAUGCUCAUGUCAAGACGGAUUUGAAGGUAAUCCUUACACCUUGUGUAGAUCAAUCGGUUGUCGUGUGGAUAGCGAAUGUGACUCCGGUAAGGCUUGUGUUAAUGGUAACUGCAUCAACCCCUGUCUGGUUAAGGAUCCUUGUGGCAUCAAUGCCGAAUGUUACGUCCAAUCGAACCAGGCCAUGUGCAGAUGUAAGAGCGGUUUCCGCGGUAAUGCCUACGAACGUUGUCGUGUCAUUGGUUGUCAAUCGAACAACGACUGUCCAUCGGACAAAUAUUGCUACAACGAACAGUGUGUCAAUCCUUGUGUCUAUCAGAAUACAUGCUCACCACGUGCCGAAUGUCGUGCUCAAAACCAUCUGGCCAUAUGUCGCUGUCCUGCUGGAUUUAUUGGUAAUCCAUAUGUGGACUGUACCUUGGAAGAACAGCCAGCUUGUAGAUUGGAUACAGAUUGCCCCUCGCGCUUGGCUUGUAUUGGCAACGAAUGUGUAGAUCCUUGUCUGGUUUUGGAACCAUGUAAUAGACCAGCCCAAUGUGAAGUGACACCAACAUCACCGGUCCGUACCAUGAUCUGUGUAUGUCCUGAUGGUUAUAUCAGCAGUGGAAGUGGUACCUGUCAACCCACAAAGACCAUCAUUGAAGUAGGAGGUUGUGUGGCUGAUUCUGAUUGUCCCAGCGAUAGAUCAUGUGUGAAUGGAGUAUGCCGUGACCCAUGUAAUUGUGGCUUGAAUGCCGAGUGUCGUAUUAAGGAUCAUAAGCCUGUAUGCACAUGUCGCCAAGGCUAUGAAGGUAAUCCUGAAUUUGAAUGCUCUAAGGUGGAAUGUUCCAUCAAUUCGGAUUGUCCAUCGACCCAUGCCUGCCGUAACAAUCUCUGUGUGCCCGCCUGUCAAGGAGAACAAUGUGGUUUGAAUGCCCAAUGUUUGGCUGUGGAACAUCGUGCUGUAUGUCAAUGUAUUCCUGGCUUUAGAGGUAAUGCUCGUAUCUCAUGUACUCCAUUGGGAUGCCGCAGCGACAGUGAGUGUCCUGCCGAUAAGGCUUGUGUCAAUGGUAAAUGUGAAAAUCCAUGUGAAACCACGGCCGCUUGUGCCAUUGAUGAGGUCUGCAAGGUCUAUCAACAUCGUCCACAAUGUGCCUGUCCACCUGGUACUGUGGCUCGUCGCAAUGGCUGUGAACCGUUACGUGAUAUCCCCAUUUGUCAAUAUGAUGGCGAUUGUCCAAGCCAGACAGCAUGUAUCCGUGGAGAAUGUAUCAAUCCUUGCAAUGCCACCCAACCAUGUGGUGUCAAUGCUAAAUGUAAGGUCCUAGACACAGUUCCGGUACGCACCAUGAUUUGUGAAUGUUUGGAAGGUUAUACCGGAAAUGCUGCGGUGCAGUGCGAUAAGCGCUCUUUGUGUGUCAUUGAAAAGGGCUUCGUGCGGGAUAUUGAUGGCCAAUGUGUGUGUCCACCUGGAACAGCCUUAGAUGUCUACGAAUACUGUACGCCAUGCAUUACCGAGCAGGGCUUUAAGAUUGAUGAAACCGGUCACUGUGUUUGCGCCUUGGAAAGAGGCUUCGUCAUUGAUGAACGUGGCCGUUGUAUUUGCCCAACCGAUCAUGGCUAUCGUUUGACUAGCAGUGGUGAAUGUAUUCCCGAAGUACAGCCCGAAUGUAACAUCGAUGAAGAUUGUGCCGAUAAUCGUUAUUGUCACACCGAAACAAAGACCUGUGAAGAUCCAUGCCUGCUCAAGACAUGUGGUGUCAAUGCGUUCUGUAAUGCCGUGAAUCAUCGUGCCCAAUGUCAAUGUAUUGCCGGUUAUUCGGGUAAUCCUGAUUUGAUCUGCAAUCACACGAACUUCCGUACCGAUUUCCCAAGACCUGAUAUGGUUGUGUCAUGUUUGGCCGAUGGUGUACAAGUUGAGAUCCAUAUUACCGAACCUGGAUUCAAUGGUGUAUUAUAUGUCAAGGGUCACAGCAAGGAUGAAGAGUGUAGACGUGUUGUCAAUUUGGCCGGUGAGACGGUACCACGUACAGAAAUAUUCCGUGUACACUUUGGUAGCUGUGGUAUGCAAGCAGUUAAGGAUGUGGCUAGCUUUGUUCUGGUCAUACAGAAACAUCCGAAAUUGGUGACCUAUAAGGCUCAGGCAUAUAACAUCAAGUGUGUCUACCAGACGGGCGAGAAGAAUGUGACGCUAGGAUUUAAUGUGUCAAUGUUGACCACGGCUGGAACUAUUGCCAAUACUGGACCACCACCAAUCUGUCAAAUGAGAAUCAUAACACAUGAAGGUGAAGAAAUUAAUUCCGCUGAAAUUGGUGAUAAUUUGAAAUUGCAAGUUGAUGUGGAACCAGCAACCAUUUAUGGUGGCUUUGCCAGAUCUUGCAUAGCCAAGACAAUGGAAGAUAAUGUCGAAAACGAGUAUAUUGUCACCGAUGAAAAUGGUUGCGCCACGGAUCCCUCGAUAUUUGGCGAUUGGGAAUAUAACCCAGAUACGAAUAGCCUUUUGGCUAAUUUCAAUGCCUUUAAAUUCCCCUCCUCCGAUAAUAUACGCUUCCAGUGUAAUAUACGUGUAUGCUUUGGCAAAUGUCAACCGGUCAAUUGCCGUGGCUAUAAUGCAUUUGGUCGUCGUCGUAGACGUUCAAUAGCGGACAAUUCGACCGAUGAUUCAACGGCAAUUGCCACAAACACCGGUAUGGAGGGUCAACUGAGAGAGGAAAUCACGAUAUCAUCAAAUGCCAUUUUGACAUUUGAGAAGAGAACAACAACGGGAGCUAAUGAUGCAAAUAUCAAACCUGCCGCUCAGCGUGUCGAAGAUAUUUGUGUAUCUAUGGUGGGUCUUAUAAUUGCCUUGGUAAUUACAGCCCUUUUGGCUUUGGUAGCGGUAGCUGUGGCAGUUUCCUGCUGGCUAAUGGCCUACCGAAGAAGACCCAAACAAUUGGCGCCACUACCUCAUCCACCAGAGUUCCCCAAUCCCCUGUUUGCCAAUCCCGAAGUAGUGCCAGAACCAACACCAGACUAUCUAUCGUAAGAUACAA